AUGGACUGGGUCUGGGAAGCACACAAGGGAGCUGCGAGAGGCACCCUAAUUAAAUGGGGAUCUAGAAUUAAGAAAGAACGCACACAUAAACUUAACUCCCUUACAACGGCCAUACACCUCGCUGAAUCCCUGCACAAACAGGACCCUACAACCGAGAACUUCCAGAAACUCACGGCCCUCCGAAUAGAAAUGCGAUCAUUAUUAGCCCUUAAAGCACACAGAUCGGUCCAGGUGACCAGGGGCUCCUUUUAUACCCAGGGUAAUAAAUUCGGGAAACUAUUGGCCCGAGACCUAAAAAAUAAACAUCAGAGGUCAUUUAUCGCCAAAAUUACCGACAAAACAGGGAAACAAUGCAAUACCACAGACGACAUAGCUACAGCAUUUAGUACCUUUUAUGAAGACCUCUACAAUCUAGACCCACCAAGUAAACGACCUAACAACCUGAGGGAAUAUAUUACCUCAAACCUUCCACAUACUAUCCCCAACUACACAGCACUCACACUCGAUGAGCCAUUCUCCGCAGCAGAACUAUCACUAGCUAUUAGGACUCUACCAAAAGGUAAGAGCCCAGGCCCGGACGGAAUGACUGCGAGAUACUACCAAACACUUGCACAGGCGUUGUAAUGAUAUUGAUGUAACAAAGUUUUGGAGUCCAGUAGCCAGAUCAGCAAUGUUUUCUGCCAGAGGUAGCCACUCGUUACCCAGGUGGUUGAGCCCCUGAGCCUUGAGUGGCCUUCUGGUCUUUAGCAGAGAUGGGAGACUGGAACAGAAAGAUGAUAAUCGUAGUGAAGCAAGCCGAGGUCAAUGGGAAGGAGAAGCAGCAAAGUCAAAACAGUCCAAAUUCAGCAACAGGUAGGAGAAACAGGAACAAGCUUGAUUAGAGAGUACAGGAACCACAAUAAUCUGGCAAAGGUACAGAGACAGGAAGUGGCUUUUAUAGGCCAAGAACCAGACACCUGACCAGACACAGCUGAAGAGAGUUGUCACUGAUAACCUUGACUCUACAAGCAAUGGUAUCAGAUCUCAGGUAAACUUACAAAAGGCAGGCUGGUGUACUGGUAAGGAAGAGGUUUAGCACCAUGUAAACCAGGGUUCGAAACCCAGCAGAGUCAGUUCCUCACAGGCGUUAAUCCCUCACUUUCCUAAGUCACUAAAAGGCCUGGCCCAGGACAACCCACUACCACACCCGAUGUUGCGUGCAUUGAUCACUAUUAUUCCCAAGCCGGGCAAAGACCCCACAAAGUGAUAUCAAAGUCAUUGAUAAACCUGGAUCUAAAACUAAUGGCGAAAAUUAUCGCUAACUGACUUAACUCUUAUUACCGGGACUAAUCCACCCUGAUCAGGCCAGCUUUGUGCCUGGACGCGAAGCCAGGGACAAUACCACAAAAAUCCUAAACGUCAUACAUGGGGCAACUGUAACGGACACACCGACACUGCUCAUGGCAAUAGACGCUGAAAAGGCAUUCGACAGGGUGGAUUGGUCCUAUCUCUUCAUGGUCCUGGAGAUCCUGGGGGCUGGUCCGAGACUAAGGAAUUGGAUACAAACCUUAUACAGGGGACCGUCCGCCAAUGUCAGGGUCAACGGCCACUUAUCCACACCCUUUCAGAUAAAUAAUGGUACACGCCAAGGAUGCCCCCUUUCCCCCCUCCUAUUUGUCCUAGCUAUGGAACCCUUCCUUACGGCUAUCAGGAAUAACAACAACAUACGGGGGCUCUGGUACCCUGGGGGAGAGACGAAGGUAUCCGCAUUUGCGGACGACGUCCUCUUCACGAUCACUGAUCCAAUCAACACCCUCCCACAGAUCCAAACGGAGAUUGGAACCUUUGGGACCUUAUCGAGACAAAUGCGAAAUCCUGGGGAUUUCUGUACCCCCUUCCCUACAAACACGGAUACAACGCACGCACACCUUCCCUUGGUCUCGAACCAGACUAACCUACCUGGGAGUUAAGCUAACCACAUUGCCCAAGGGCCUAUACAAACUUAACUACCACCCCCCCCUUAUAAGCAGCAUUAAACAGGACCUCCACAAGUGGGAUCUUCCCCACUUCUCCCUAAUGGGUCGGAUCAACAUCUUGAAAAUGAUGGUCCUCCCGAGAAUACUUUACCUGUUCCAGGCACUGCCAAUUCCCCUCCCUAGGGACUUUUUCAGACAAAUGCGAACCUUAUUUAUAACCUACACCUGGGGCAACAAACCGGCCAGAAUAGCCUACUCCACACUGACAUCCAACAUAGGCAGAGGAGGCCUGGGUCUCCCCCACAUAUACAAAUAUUAUGUAGCAGUAUUAUUUACCCGCAUAAAGGAAUGGACAAACACAAGCAAGAAAAAAUCAUGGUAUAAAUUGGAACAGAGCUUUGUACGGGCUCCUCUCCAUACACUACCAUGACAAACUUGUCAAGGAACUCUCCCCAACGCAUCACCCACUCACACACAAUGUCCUCACAACAUGGAGACGAUACAAAGACACAUGGGGACUAUCCCCGGGACUAUCUAAGUUUUCCCCUUAGCAGGCAACCUAGACUUCCAGAGAGGAAAGGGGAGCUCUACCCUAGUAAGGCUUACAGGAUAGCAGAACCCAGACAUCACUGAGGUUCUGACAGCCGGGGACCCACCCACAUAAAAGCUCUCCCUAGACGGAACAGACAGGAUACACUCCUCGAUAUUAUGGGCAGAACACAACUUAAGAACUUUUUAAAUAGGUCGGUCAUCCCCUUUUGGCGUCCAAGAGAUAGUACUCCCUUUGAAAACCUAUGUGGCCCAAAGAGCGACUCAAAACGACCCCUAUCAAAAAUAUAUCGCAUUAUUCAGACAACUGAAGUCGAGCAUACACCACCUACAUUCCAACAGAAAUGGAUGAGAGACCUCCAUAUACAUAUGACGGACAGAGACUGGACAGACAUUAUGGAAACAGGGAUUAGAACCCCUAUCAGUGUAGCCCGUAAAGAGACCUUUUACAAAAGAGUCACUAGAUGGUACAGAACGCCAGCUAUACUCCACACAUUCUGGCCCACCAUCAGCGACACAUACUGGAGAUGCUCUGGGGGUCAGGGAGACAUGGAACACAUCUGGUGGAGCUGCCCGGGCAUAAAAACAUACUGGCAGUACAUACUGGAUGACAUAGCGGAAAUUCUCGCACUGCAAGCCCGUCUGACCCCAUCCCAGGUACUACUGGGCUGGCCUUGCUCCUUUAAGGAGCCACACAAACAGCAACUCCUACAGAUUCUGCUCGGUGAAGCCAAUGCUCUCAUGCCAACGCACUGCCGCCGACCCAGUGUGCCAUCCAGGGAGCAGUGGGUACGGCGGGUAGAAUGUGCGAGAGAAAUGGAAGAAAUACACUGGUCAGUACUAGGGAGACGGCACAAAUACCUUAAAACAUGGGAGCCCUGGAUUGAGUUUUGGAGGAGCCCCCCAGGGAUGGCCUCACCCACAUCCCCCUAGCCAAAGGGCGAUCACCCCAACUUAGACUGGGACUGUCAAAAUAGGACCAUAGGAGUACCCACAAGGACCGAAUUAAGCAUCACCAGGCAGGACAAAUAUUCCCCCCCACCACCCUUCCCCCACUACCCUUCCACCCAUCCAGGUUUACUCCCCUAUAGGACACCCACGCCAUAGUAAUACAUCCUCAUAAUGGAAAUGAGAUAAGCUGUAAACACCUUGCACUCUAGAACCAUAUCCAGUAUGCCGGAACCUCACAAUGAAGGUCGCCCAUGCAGCCGAAUAGGACGAACAGAGUUAUCAUUGGUAUUUAACUAUGUGCAAUUGUAUUACAAUACCCUACUAUGUUACAUCUAAACGAUCCUUCUUUUUUUUUCUAUACCCCAUGACCUUUACGCUUUUGAAAAUAAAGAAAAAUUUAUAUUAAAAAAAUAAAUAAAUUAUAGACUGAUCAUUUCUUUGUCGGUGGGCAAACGUUCAAAAUCAGCAGGGGAUCAAAUACUUUUUUCCCUCACUGUAUAUAUGUUCAGUGUUGGUGUUUGAAUGUUGGACUGCUGCUGGUCUUUGAAAGCUAGAAUGUAUGCACUGCUAUAGACACAUAUACACACCCACUGACUCAGAUGUGUACACACUCUCAGGUAAACACAAACACACAGGUAGACACACUUACAUGCAUACAGAUACACACAGAUACAAAUACACACUUUAACAUAUACAGAUAAACACAGAUAGAUGCACACUGACACAGAUACACAUACUCUCAGAUAUAAACAGACACAGGUACACAUAUUAUUUUUAUUAUUAUUAUUUUAUUAUUUAUAUAGCGCCAUCAAAUUCCAUAGCGCUGUACAUACAUGCAGAUACACACAGACACACAUAUUUAAAUAGCAAUUAACAGUGUUUUAACCCCCCGCCGGUUUCCUUACCAUUUGGGUGCAGGAGGGUGGUUUCCCUGGGGGUCAGUGGCCGAUAGCUGGCCAAGGCUCUUUGUGUCUGCCUGCUCCUGACUUUCCGCCUCUGUUCCUGCCAUCCGACACAUCCGACUCACGUCCACUCAGCAGGCUGCACUAUUAAAGAGCAGCAUGGACGACCCAGGCCCCUAUCUAGAGUUGUCCCUCUGGCCAAAUUUGUGGACUUCACAAAUUUGUGCAGCUCAAAUGUUUGGCAGCCAUGCUGUAAGUGUUUUCUUGCUACCCUAGGUCUAGCCAAGUUUAUUCACUCUUCCUCCUAUAUACAGUAUAAGGUGUAUUCAAGAUACUACAAAGUGUAGUGAACUGAACUUUAAAUGUCAGACUAAAAGGCAACGAUAGCUUAUUUGGAGAAAUUAUUCAACAUUAUAGUGAAUGUGUUUGUGUCUCAUACACAUACAUGUGUAAUGUAUAUGAUAAAUAUGGAGUUUUAAGGUAUAUGAUAUAAAAGUAUAAAAUGUGCAUAUUGUGUGAGGCAUAUCAGUGUAUUUAAUUCCCCUCUCCCCACAACCCUCCCAACCCCCACAACUUUAAAAUGUAAAACACACCCAUAGUUUUUUUAAUGUUCUCAAGAAUAUUUAUUGCACACAUUUGUAAACUGUAUGUUAGAAAGAGCCCCCUCAAGGCCCCAUUAGAGACUACAAUUGAGUCUAAUGGGCCCUGGAGAGGGGUCUCUGUAACACUCUGGCCCCCAUUCACAAUAUAGUAAUUUAACAUAGCUCUCUGAUACCCAGCCCAAGUUGGCUCUUCUCAUCUUCUCAGGCUGGGUGGAAAAACGUUGGCGAGUUCCUCCUCAUAUGUAAUUUAAAACUCCCAUCUCACUAUCCAUGGGUAGGGGACAGUAGCAUGCUUCUCCCAUAUUUAUUUAUUUAUAAGCCCCCAUCCACUGCUAGUUUUUUAACCACAGCAUUGCUGGGGCUUUAACUGUUACCAGUCAAUGCCUGCCGGCUGUUUAACAAAGAUAUUGCGACCUGUGGCAUGGUUGGUGGGGACAUAACGAAGAAAUAAACCUCCCUAUAAUUAGAUUAAGUUCAUGUUGAUCUCAAAUUUGCUUUUAUUAUUAUUUUUUCUAAAUUUCUUUAUUUAUCAUCAGCUCUCCAGUGUGCGUAAGCAUAUAACAAAAGAGACAUAGCAGUUCAAACAGUCGCCACUAUAAUCAGGACACUGGCGUACAUAUCGCAGUUGCAGGGGUCGCAGCUGCGACCAGGCCCGUCACUCCUGGGGGCCCGGCCGCCCUGCGGACCCCUGCGACCGGGUACCCACCGCUAUUGUGUUGCGGCUCUGGCUCGCACAGCAAACUGCCGGGGCCGCACAUGAAGGGGCCCAUCAAGUGGCCCAUGCUGUUAGGGCCAACCGAUGGAUAUGGAUUUUGUGAUGACAUCAGACAGAACUGGGAGGAAGUGACUGCCCCGGUCACUCCUCCCAGCUAUCAGAGAGCAGCGCGGGAGGAAGGAGGAGGGAGUCAGAGUGGGAACUCUGACUCCCAUCAGGCUGAGCCCCCACUGGACCCCAGGGGGAAGUCACCCUCCUGAAAAAGGUAAGACACAGGAGGGUGACUUAAACAUUUUGUAUAUGUGUGUAUCUGUGUAUGUCUCUGUAUGUAUGUGUGUGUGUGUGUGUGUGUGUGUCUGUAUGUAUGUGUGUCUGUCUCUGUAUGUAUGUGUCUGUAUCAUACAGACACAUACAUACAGAGACACACACACACAGAUACAUAGAUACAGAGACACACACACAUACAGACACAUACAUACAGACACGCACAGACAUACAGAGACACAUACGUGCAUGUGUCUGUAUGUAAGUGUCUGUAUGUGUGUGUGUCUCUCUAUGUAUGUGUGUGCAUGUGUCUGUGUGUAUGUCUGUCAGUGGUGUAUGUGUGUGUGUGUCUGUAGGCAUGUGUGUCUGUAUGUGUGUGUCUAUUGGGGGGUAUAUGUGUGUGUGUGUCUGUCUGUAUGUAUGUGUGUCUGUAUGUGUGUGUGUAUGUGUUUGUAUGUAUGUAUGUAUGUGUGUGUCUGUAUGUAUGUAUGUGUCUGGGUGGGGGGCACAUGGAUCGGGGGGGAGGGGUUGAAUGGAUCAGUUUCGCCCCGGGGCCCCAUGGAUUGUGUGUACGCGAUGAAUCAGUACAUUAUAAUACAUCUCAGGUUGACUUGGCGGGGGAGCUGAGGGUUUAAUGUUUGUCUCUUCUAAAUCUUUCCGUGAGAAAUCUCACUAUGCUAUCAAGAUGGCAAAUGUGUCAUCGUUUGCGCUGUAUCUUUUGUGGGUCUAAGACACAAUAGAGAGUUAUGUGGGCCAGCAAGUGCUAAAAGGGUAAGUGAAUAGGUAACGGGACUAAGGUACAUAGUUAAUGUGGGAUUCCAGCAAAAAUAUUACGUGGACUUCACGUUGUGAAUGAGAAGCCUAUUGUCCCAUGCUGAUGCAGCGCGCGUUAUCGAUGCACCUCAGGGUAACUGGCCCUACAUUAAGUAUAAGUACACCUCAUGGUGUGUUAUGCUUCUGCAGCGGUCUUGGAGGAGGUGGGGGUUCCGGAAGCACUAAGAGCAGGUUGGAUAAUCUUUUUUUAUUUUAUUUUUGUUCCAGGUGAGAAAAAGUUAAAUAAGGGUUCCUAACAUAAGUAAAACUAACAUUGAACCACUGUCAACAAUAGAGAGGAAGUAAUAGUAAAUGCAAAAGUUCCUUGUUUCAAGUAGUAGCAGCCGCAUACAUGUUAGUUCCUGCCCCCCUUGGUAUGAACGGUACGAUUUUUACUGGGUCCCAUAUGUUUGUCGCUGUGGUCAGUUCUAAAGAGCCCGGAACCUGCAAGGAGUCCUCUGGCAGGUUGGGUAUGCUAAGCAGAGAAGCUGCUCCUCGCAGAUCUAAGACAGAGUGUAUGGUGCCACCUUGUAUGAUUUGCAGAGCCCAAGGAAAGCACCAGCAGUACUGAACCUUGUGCUGCUAGAGCAGUGUUGUUAACAGCUGAAGGGACCUCCACCAUUGUAGAGUGUAACCUGACAUGUCUGACUAGAAGGAGAGACUCAUGUUUUCAAAGUCAUAGGUGGUAGUCCCCUUGAGAGCUGUCAGUACCUCUAGGAACCGCACUACUAGGUCCCUGGGGGCCAACUCUGGCGCCCCCUGGGGCUUCAGGACCCUAAAGAAUGCAUCCAGGGUGAUGGUCUUGGCUUGCUAAGGGCCAGUAGUGUUCCCAUUAACUUCCGGGUGGGGUGUGGGAGUUCCAUAGUGGGGAUGUCCUUAGAUACCCCUCCAACUUUCAAAUGGUUGCGUCGCCACUGGUCCUCAAGCAAUGCACAACGCUGUUCAUACUUUGUUUGUUGCAUCUUGAGUGCCAGCACUUCAGUUUGCAGUUACGCGAUGGAUUGUGAGUGUUUGUUGAUAGAGGUCUCCACUGCCACUAUGUGGCCUGUCAUGUCUGUGAGAUCGGUGCCAAGUUGGGGUAUAUCCACUUGAAGUACUCUUUGCAAUUCCCCCAGCAUGAUCUUCAGUGUGGCCGUGUUCACAGGCCCUGCAUCGCCAAUCUAGAGGGCUGAUUGUGGUAAGCUUGAGGGAAGCAAUCCGCCUGUGUUGUCUGUCAGGCUUAAAUCUUCUGAGGAGUCUGAGUAAUCCUUGAGGUCGGCGGCCAUCUUUGUCACACAAGUGCCGUGCUCUUGGCGAAAAAGAUCGCCGAUAUUAACGCUCUGUCUGGGUCUGUCUGGCUUCUGUUUUUUUGUUUUUCUUCCCAUGUUGGAUAGGUGACUGAGGGUUGUUAUUCUCGGCAACAGGGGUGAGGGAUACCGUAGUUAAUAUAGGCGAGAAACCCAUUGAUUGUGCUUCUGCUCAGGCCAGUCUACAAGCCCUGCUCCCCUUGCUUUUAUUAUUUAUUGUUCAUUUUGUUUCUUUCUUGUACUGCCUAGGAUUAUAUUGCCAUUGGGCAAAUCGUUAAGAUAUUUAAAGUUAUAGCCCAUCCAGGCACAGAGUUCAGCUGUCCAGUGCCAGGAUAGUAGUUGAUCCAGCACGCAGAAUUGUGCCACACCAAGGACUAAAGGUAACGUCUUACCGGGCCUUAAAAUGGCCGGACUUAACGUACCAAAGAAUAGUCGGGAUACUUGCCGAGGUCAGGGAUACAGAGGGAGACACAACGAUGAAGGAAAAGCCAAAAGUCAAAGAUACCCGAAGUCAGGGAAGUCAAAACUAAGCCAAAGUCAAAAAACAGAAAUAAAUGCUCAGGAACACUCUCUCGAAUAACCUACUAAGGGAAACCACGACAGGGCAUUGAGGAAAAUGAAAAAAAGAGUUUAAAUAAGCCUCCUUCCAAUCCGAUUGGCCGUAUCCGGCCUUUGACCCCAGAACAUGUGUGCGCAACCUUUGCGUGACGUCACAUGCAUGUUGACGUUGUCAAUACCGUGGGUGGACGUGGGGUUACAAAUUGGAAUGGAUCUGCAGUGGCCGGCGGCCUUCAACAUGCCGCAGGAGUCAGAUACACCGGUACAGGGCUGCUGAGUGGUACUUCCGUCAAUGCCAGAAAGGCAUUUGUCAUUACAGACACUACGAGGUGAGGAUGAACAUGUGACAUCCAGAAGGCAAGUCAUACCCAUAUCCUGGAUGCCACCAAUUUCUCGUACACAGUAACUUUUUCAUUUUUUUUUUUUUUUGGCAGAAUCACCAUAUUUUACAAAAUGAGGAAUAUAAAUACAAUACAAAAUACAAUGAAUACAAAACUGAAUUCCUAACACUUUAUCACCGUGUUGAAUUUACAGAUUUCAAAGUAAAUUAAAGCUCAAUCUCCAACAUUGCAUAUACAUUUUGACCCAAAUGCAAUUUCUUUUUAAAUUCACUAAAAUUAAGUGUUUCCUGGAUAAACCACCUAUGUAUAUUCAUUAAGAAAAUACAUUUGGGUGAAUUCAAAUGUCUGAUGUUUUGUCCUAAAUUUUGCUACUUGGUUUUCAUUUUUGCCAAAAUUUCCAGUCUAAUGAAUAGCCCUUAACCCUUUAACAUUUUUAAAACCCUAGCCUAAGGGUUACUUUCUGUAAUGUUGGAAAUUCAUCAGGGAAUUGCAAAUUCUGGUCUAAAAUUUGAAAUUCACUUUUCAAUUAUGCCAUAGAUCUCUUGAUUCCGUGAUAAUCCAGUAUUUUGUCAUGCCACCACAAGUUUAACAUUUCUAACUGCUUGGGUUUUGCUGUGACUAUAUUAGAGUUGGGGAAUUUUCUAGAUCUGCUAUUUAGCUUAAAUGUUGCCGUUCAUCGUUUAAUUUUGUCGCAGCGCAUUGCUUAGUGAAUAACCCUCUAACUUUCUAAGCAAAUCUUCAUGACACCAGGUUUAAUGUCAGCCUAAACAUUCUGACGUUUCAGAACACUCUAAUAAUAAACAAAAUAAAUAAUUCCUCUCAUAAAUAAAUUAGGUGAGAGACUGAAGGGCAGUAAAUGAGGAUUACACUGUUUGUCUUUGGCCAGUCUGAGUAAAAAAGUGUCUCCCCCUCCCCCUCUCUUUUAAGACAGCCCCUGUCCUAUCCUGCCUGCGCUGUGUGCCGCGGAGUGCGCUUUGCAGACGGUCCCUGGCUGGGGUGUGUGUUGUGUAUUGGCAGCGGGGCGGCUCCGACUCCCUGACGCCAGUGAGACCAGAUCAAUCCAGGCAGCCGGGGAGAGAGGAGGAGGAGGGAGCCUCACAUCCCGGGCUGCUGCGAGGCAUGCGAGCCUCUGGCUACAUUGUUACCGAGAGACAUUCUACAGCCCUGUAACAAGCGCUAACCUUCUACCCGCUGCCAGGUAAACCUCCUGGGACAGACCAGCUCUGUAAACGAGUCCUCUCUCUUAGCAUGUUCCCUUCACCACCACCCCCCGUCCCCGUCCCACAGGGUCACCGGCCUUUAGUCGCCCUGUCUAACUGGCCCCUUAAAGUUUCUGUGCUCUUUGUAACUUUGGGGGAUUUGGUUGUUCCGUAGUGGUGUUUGGAAUGUUUCGUUGUUUAGUUGGGUUGUUGGGAUUCCAUACUUUUCUAAAGCCAUGAGAUUCGCCCCACCAUGUCUGUCUCCCUCUCUUGGACUCACAUGGGGCCCCUUCAGGGUACAUGGGAUCUGUGGCACAAUGCGCCCUGUAAUCUAUUCCUGGGAUUUAGUUUAAUGGCCGGGUAGUUGGUAUGUGAGGAGCAGCCCCGGGAUGGUGGGGAAUUCGCCUCCUGUGGAUGGGUGGAAGGGAGGGGGGGCAGCGAUGGCGCCUGUACUGCACACAAAGUGCCUGUGUGAAAGUUUUCUGCCUGAUCCCUAGUGCUGGAACCAGGCGGGAUCGCCUUCCUACACUCUUCAAAUGCUUUUCAUGGUUCUACUUUUUUUUGAGAGAAUUUUUUUUCCAUAUCCUGGAUGCCACCAAUUUCUCGUACACAGUAACUUUUUAAAUUUUUUUUUAGCAGAUUCACCAUAUUUUACAAAAUGAGUAAUAUAUAUAUAUAUAUUCUCCCGUAUCGUGGUGAAUAUUUUUCUUUUCAUAUGUUUUAGCACUUCCAUUUAACUUAAAACACUCGCGAUUUAAAUAGUGUAGUUAUGAUUGUCCCGUCUUCUGUGUUUUUCUGUUUUUUGUUUUUUUUUUUUUAUUUCUAUUUCUAGUUUACAAAGUUGGAUUUCUUAAUUGUGUUCCUCUUUGGCCAUGUAGAAUCAAAAGCGACAAAAUAACAAGGUGGCUUCUUAAGCUUGCUUCCAGGAGGUAACAAUACAAGAGUUUGAGUUUUCCAUGUGUAAGCCAAUUGCAUCAGUCAGGAAGCUUUUUAAGGUGUUCCUUGGGGGAUAUGUUUCAAGACUCUUUGGCUGCUGGAUCGCUGGUUACUGUGGAAAUCAUUUCAAGCCUUUAGCUUUGAAAGGUUGUAGCCCUAUCCUUGUCUGGUAAUUCUGAGCCUUUCACUAUGUCUCCAGAGGAUUGGUUAAAGGCAGGAUCAAAUUACCUCUGAGGGCACUGGGCUGUCCUUACUGAGAUUUCUGACCUCUGAUAGCUACACAUGCAAUUGUUUGUGUAAUUCUGUGCAUAAAUGUAUAAUACAGUUAAUCUUAUUUGUUUCCUCUACAUUCAAGGAUUGUCUAACAUCUCUGGGACCCUUACUUGGUUGCUUUCUGUGCAAUAAUUACAUUGCCUCAUUGUAGAUGACAGCUUGAAUUUCAUGUUGAUCCUAUGUAUGUAGUUCUAAAAACUAUAUGCUUUAAUUUUUUAGGAACAUUAUUGUUAAACCCAGCACCCAGGCUCUCCACUUUCAUAUUUAUUGAUUCAGCCUCAUCACCCCGUGUUACCGCAUUUCAUUUUUUUGUUGGGCAGUGACAAAUCUGCGACUAAGAAGCUUCAAAUUUGUGUAUUACUCAUUCUCUUUAAAACCAAUUAACUUUAAACAUGGAUAAUGCAGAGUUGAUUGGUAGAAAAACACAAUUGGUUAAAUUUCUGACUUGUUUAUAAACCACAAUUAACCCAUUUUCUAUCAUUUUGGUUUUUUUUUUUUGUAAUUUUUUUUUUUUAUAUAUAUAUAAACAUUUGCAAUGCAGUACUCCUUGUCACGUGAAUUCUGGUAGCAGAGAGGCUAGACUUUAAGUGAUGUCUGGCUAUCAGUUUGCAGUGUUCACUUUAUAGAAGUUUAUUUUAACAAGGAAAAGCAGUUCUUAUUUAGUUUUAACCCCUUAAGGACCAAGCUUCUGGAAUAAAAGGGAAUCAUGACAUGUCACACAUGUCAUGUGUCCUUAAGGGGUUAAACUAUAAAGUACAUUUGUUUCCCGACUGUUAAUUUUUGCAUGUAUAUUUGUGCAUUAAAAGAACAAUACACUUUAACUUUUAAUUUUUUAAUCCAGUGGUUCUAGAAUAAAGACUGGAUGCCCCUUCCCCCAACUGUUGUUCAGCAGCAAUUUCUGUGUUAGUCUGUUAUUCUUCUCAGAUUAGGAAUUCAAUUAGUUCUUCCUGUUACAAUCCACAUGGAUUUAUGAUGAAGUCAGAGAGGACACACUGUAUCAUACUAAAAAUUUUUCUUUUCCUUUUUUUUUUAUUUUUUUAUUGGGUGGAUCAGUUUGUUACAUUAGGCAAGAGAUUCUCACACUUUAAACAAUAAGAUAUUGCUGACCUGUUCAAAAGCCAAAUACAGUUUAACAACAAUAUGUGUAAACCUUUGUGUCUGUAGAAAAUUUAAAUGUCUGUUAGGCUUUGCUAUGGUUGUGUUAUACUACUGCCACCACAUUCCUAGCAUCUUCAAGACCAAACGUGUUUUGUUUUUUUUUCUUUUUUUUUCUUUAUUAAUCUAGACUGUUUGUGUGACUAAGGCCUUUGGCUGUUGGAACUCAUUUAGGAUUUAGCCUGCUAACUGCAAUGGAACCCUUAAUGCAAAUAACGUUUCAUUGAGUCUAGCUGAGCAUCAUGCAAUUUUUAGUUUGAGAAUUGUAACACUGCAGUUUUUUUGUAUCAGUGAACCAAAGCAUUUUUGUUUGUUCAAUUAAUCAUACCCUACAAAUCUACCAGGUUUCUCAUCACCUUUUGUUUCUGUUUACUUUAAUUUGUCAUUAACUUGUUUUUUUGGUUUUGUUUUUUUAUCUACUUGUUUUACAGCAAGUUGGUAUGUGCUGGUGCAUUUAUAACUAUGGUUUCAUUUGUAGAAACAGGCUUCUCGGCGCAUUUUUAAAAUGCAUAUGGAAGCUCUUCUGUUAACCAGGUUAUAUACCCAUUAAUGAGUUACUUGAGGUAUUGUUUACAGUGUUUUUGGUUUGUUACUUGUGUAAAUGGGAAAAAUAAUUUUAUAGCUGCAAUUAAUUUUUAUAUCUAUAUACUAUAAAAUCCACUGAUAUUAUGGUUUAGAGUGAGGCAUGGCUUCUGUGAGAUUCUGCCAAUGUAUUAUAAUUUUUUUUUUUUUAGUCAGGUGUGUGUGUGUGUGUAUGUAUAUGUGUGUAUGUAUGUAUGUAUGUAUAUAUAUAUAUAUAUAUAUAUAUAUAUAUAUAUAUAUAUAUAUAUAUAUAUAUAUAUAUUUCACAUGACUUCCACAGUUUGUUUUUAAAGCUAUAUUAUAUAUGCUUAAUAAAUAACUGCACGAAUGGUUAUCAGAAUAUUUUAGUAUUUUGAUUUAUAAACUCGUGUCAGUGACUCUUGAAAUUUUAGCUACAAAUGCUUUAUUCAUUAGAAGUUUGAUGGUUCAGUAUCUAUUUUUGAUUAGGACAUUCAAGUUACAUUUAUCUGUGGUUUGUUGUACAAAUGCUUUGAAAGGUCAUUGAGUGUUUCCAGGAUUCAGCUCCUUGUUUCAGGGAAGAGGGUUAGCUUUCAAAGGGAGCUUGGAAUGGAGUUAAGAUCAAUGAACAGGUGAUCCUUGGAGGGGAAAGUGAUUUGUUGAUGUAUACAUUCUUCAGUUCUCAAUACUAGGUGUGUGACUUUAAUAGUGCACUCAUUUCACCCAAAGUUUAAGUAGAAUGUGAAGGUUAUUUGCAUCCUGUGAAUGGAAUUGAAAGGUGUAAUAGUUCUUUCAGUGUGAAUUAACAAAAAAUAAUUGUUUAUUAAGUGAAACACGUGUCCAUAUGACUGAACUUCUCCUUUGACACAAAAUGUGAGGUCCCCUGCUUGAUGACAAAUUAGGCAAAUGGUUGGUUGCCUCUUAAUAAACAAAAAUGAGAGGGAGGGUGCAGUGAGACCCCUGUCUCAAAGUGCGUGUAUAUAUAUCAUAUUUGUUUAUUGUUGCUAUCUUUUUAUCACAAAUGUAGCUAACUAAAUGUAUUUGAGCUGUACAAACGUAGGCUAUGAUUACGUUGCUAUAUCGGAGUUUCUAUUAAAAUCAAUGCGAACUGGUUGAAAUCCUGCAACUAUCUGCUGCAUGUGAUGUUUAGGCAUGUAUAAUUUGGGUACGCAAUCAUAAAUAAUUAGUAUACAUGUGCAUCAAAUGUCUUUCCAGUAAAUAAUUCUGUUGCAUGAAACUAAAGGCUCCCAACUAUGCUGUGCAUUGCUGUUUUGUGUACUGAUCAAAAUACUUCUUAACCCCAUAGUUGGAAGUACCUUUUUAAUGUGCAUAGUGUGCAACAUGUUCAUAGCCUUUGCUUUCUAUAUUCUAGAAUGGUUACUGGUUUUCUUGUAUAUUAUUUCCCGUCGCAGCACCUUCUAUAAAGGGCAUGUGGUUAUGUGUUUAACCUUUUUGAUGCUUGAGCAGUGCAUGAAAGGGUGUCCAUCUGUGUAGACUUAUUAGCUAAUGGAGGGCUCAUCCAGCCCUUAUAAAUAAUGUAAGCUAUGUCUAAUGGAGAGCCUCUCGGGAGAGGGAGAAAGCAUCAUUACCAGGCUUCUCAAGCUGCUUCAGAUCUCAGAUUGAUUUACAGAACUGAUCUGGUGCAAAAUGAUACAUCAGGGCAACAUAGGGUCAUCCAGGCAAAGUGUAUGAUGUGAGCCUAUUAGUUCAGUAAUAAUGAUUAAACCAUAUUAAAAAGCCAGCUGAACAGCGAACUGUGGCAUAAUGCAUUACCCAUUGACAGGUCUCUGAUACAGGCAAAUGCUAUUAGGAAUCCUUGGCUAUUUGCAAAUAGGAUCUAUAUUUUAUUUUUGUUAACUAGGUUACAGGUGAACAAUAGUCGGGAAUGUACAUAAAAGUGAAUUGAAACAUUUCAGCCCAGGGUAGCUGAACUUGAUUCAUAAUUGACUUGGAUACUUCUACAGUUUGGCUUUUUUGGCCCUAAAUUUGAAAUAAGUAACCCUGUACUGCGUGCAUGUCUCUGGGUCACUUGUUUAGAUAUGCAUCAAAAUGUUGCACAUGGCAUUUGCUUGAUUACGUUUUGGGCUUCUUUUAAUAGGGUGCACUUUUUUUUUUUUUUUGUAAUAUAACAUUAAAAUUCUGCAUUCACUCUGAAAAGGACAACUGUCUCAUUCAAAGGCAAAGUCUGCAGACAGAAAAAGCAUUCCUUUUUAACUGCUUUUUCUGUCAGUGGGUGGGACACUGAUCCAGUCCGUAAGGUGGGAUACUGAUCCAGCCAAUUGGUGUUCUACCCCUAGGUAUCAUGAAAAAUAGAAUUGCAUGACAUGCUUGCACAUGUGUAAAAUGGAAGUCCUUGCUAAAUAAUCAGUAACACCGCGAGAUUCAUGACAUGCGCAUUGUGCGGGUUUAAAGCCUGCAUUUUUAAAAUUUUAUUUUAAUUUUUUUUUUUUUUUUUUCAGCACUGGCAUCAGUAUAGAUAACUGUUCCAUUCGCCUGACCCUGAGUAGGUAUAUCUGAUAGGUCACAUAGCAAAAAAGCAUUGAUGGGCCCUGGCUAUAUCUUAUUUAUUUUAAAGACAAAUGUUCAUAGAGAAACACAGGAGAGGCAGUCAUUGGUAGGAUCAAUCUGAAUUGUGGCCAUGUUUGGUUCAUAAAGAUCCUUUCUAUAUGUAAAGUCUAAACACAUAUACUGACCCUCUCAACUCUGUCAAAAUUCAGGCCCCCACACCUUCACCCAAUCACUCGCCCCACAUGGCCACCCUGUCAGUCACUCUCUCACAAUUAAACUCAUACACAACACUGCCUCUCCAUAAACGCAACACAUCAAGACCACAAGCAGCACGCAUACGUUGCAAAGACCUACCGAUGCUCACAGACACAUGUGCAGUCGCAGAUCAACAAGGAUCCUCCCUGCCAGACACACUCUCAAGCACAUACACGAUGCUGUGUACAGAUACUAUACAAACGAAGUCAGCGUGUGUGAUAUAUAAUAUAAAUCAUAUAUCACAUUUGUUGUUACUUGCUUUUUCUUUUCUGUAUGCAGAGAAUCUUUGUCUUUCUUUACCUUAGUCUCAGGAGAAUGCAUAUGGUUUCUUAUGCAAGGUUAGUGCCGGUUCAGGUGAAACGGAGGUGGGUCGAUUUUAGUGAGUCAGUAACAGGUGGAGGGAGAAGGCUUUAGAAACUCCCCUAUCAGACAACGUGUGCCAGAGAAAGUAAACACAACAUAUAGUAAGUUUAUAAACGCUUAUUGUAAAUGAUCCAUGCUUUAUUUUAGUUUGUAUAUUUCUAGAAGUGUUUUGCUGGGUAAUUUUUAUUUUUUUUAAUUUUAUUAUAAUAAAUGUGCAUGCCCCUUAAAGAUUUAAGGCAGAGCUAUUGAAGCUAACAGUUUAUUGGAGACAGUUGACUGGGGAUUGAUGAAUGUAAUGUCUGUUCCAGGAAGCAGGAAUGCUUUGAAAUGGUGAUGGUUACAAAGUAGAACCUUUAAAUUUAUAAGCUUUCCCAAGCAGUGCUGUAUUUAUUGCCAUACAUUUGUUUGCCCUCACCCUUUAGUAUGGUACUGUGGAAUGUAGUUGGUAAUUUAGGAGUGUCAUUGUAACGUAUACAUUGGCAAGAAACCUUAUGAUCCAGAAGUGUAAAAGUGGGUGACGUUAAUUGUUGAUGUACUUGUAAUAGCAAGAGAAGACAAUUUCUGUUACAAAUAUAUUCUUGCCCAUAUGUAUCUGAAACAAAACCCUGUGGGAUCCUGACCCCUUUUACAGACAAACUUUGAAUUUCUUAAAGCUUGUAGUAUAUUUAAAUUUAUAGGCCUCUGUAGUAUCAAUAUUUUUAGGAGCGAAUUUUCCAUGGUUUGUAGAUUGUGCCACUUUUGUAACACUUUCGGGAAGGCGGGCACUAAAAUGUCUUCAGAGUUGCAUCAACUGUCAUCACCAUGUGGAUUUUAUUUUUUCAAACAAAAGAACAAAUAAUUGAGACUUUCGUUGGAAUUUACACUUAAUUGGCAGCAAAAGACUACUAAACCAAGAUGACCUUGCGUGGUGUGGUGCUAGCAAUAUACUUAUGAUCUGUUUGUUAGAGGACUGCUGUUUAAAGAGAAACUGGCAAUUCUCAUGAUUUUUUUAAUGUUUACUUAUCCCUGUAUAAAACCACUCCACACCUAUAAAGCACUUUAGCUUACUGAUGUGCUUUAUGUCUGAAUAUCCAAUUUUAAAGCUAGUUUAUGAAAAUGACGAUUUCUUUGAGAAGAAUGCUUUCUUCAUCUUUGUGUUCGCUCCACCGAGCUAAACCUUUUAUUUUUUGCAAAAUUCAGAAAAGUGACAGUUUAACCUUCUAUAAAAAUAAUCAAAUCCAGCAUAGACCGACAAACAUGACAAAGACAUAACCAUUAGGGAUAUUUGUUUGGAAGCAAUAAAAGAAAUGGCACACCUUCAAUAUAACACUGGUUUUGUAAUAUUUUAUUGCCAUAGUUGCAAGAUCUCCCACUGAUUUAUGUAUACAUCAGAGCUCAAAAUUUCUUCUAGUUUAGCCAUUGAAGAGUGAAAAUUCUGUGAAAUUCACUCUUGGUGAGUGCAACAAGCUUGCAUUGGGAAGUCCUUUUUGAGCCUAGUCAGUAGCACAGAACCAAUAGUUUAAGCUCUGGUAAAUCUCUAUAGGGAAAUCAUUCCUUCAUAGUGUUACUUGUAUGCCAUAGCAUAUAUGCACAUAUUGUAUUGCACACAUUUCAUAGUUUAUUACUUUUUCACAAUUUGAUUUUGGUGGGGACUGAUUAUCUGAUAUGACUGUGAAAUAGAACCCCGGAACGAUUUUGCUUGAGCUGCAAGAAAGCAACUCUCCUUUGAUCUCUUAUAGGGUUAAUUCUGUUGAGUAUUCUAGAGAUAAAAUCUAUAUUUGCAAUGCGAGGGGGUGAAAUAAUGUCCAAUAAAGGUUGAAUAUAUACCACAAUAGUUAAUAAUGCAAGGUUUUUCUUGUAGUUUCUACCAGGAAACAGAUAUUUCCAAACAGGCCUUGAUGUCCCUUAUGACUAGUGUGCCAGCAAUAUCCGUUUCCUUUAGCUGGAUGGUUCCAGAAUAUUCUGUAUAUGCAGCUUUUUAAGGGAUGCUGCGCAUUUGUCAGGAAACUUUCUAGUCUGUUUCAUCUUCCUAGGUGGGACAUUUUACCAAUGUACGGUAUACAAAUUUUUUUUAAAUUAUUUUUGGGGGGGGGGUAAUCUUUAUAGAUGCAUAGUUACGUAUUUGUCUAGGUUCUAAAAAGACUAAAGUACAUCAAGUUCAACCUUGAAACCCAUUCUGUUAUGCUGUUGAUUCAAAAGAAGGUAACAAAAAAACAACUAAUUGUAGUAAUUUCCAAUUAUGCCAUAGAAAGGGAAAAUCCUUCUUGACUCCAUAAUGACAAUCUGAUUUUGUUCUUCGAUCAACAACCUGUUUACAUAAAUAUGGAUUAUAUCCUUAAAGGGACACUAUAUUCAACAGAACUACAGCUUAAUUUGGUUGUACUGGUGAGUAUAGUCAUUGCCUUCAGGCUUUUUGCUGUAAACACUGCCUUUCAUAGAAAAGGCAGUGUUUACAUUACCCCCUAGGGACACCUCCAGUUGCCAUUCCUGAGAUGGUUACUAGAGGUGCUUCCUGGGGCAGCACUGCCAUUCAGCGUCUCCCCGCUCUGAACGGAGACGCUGAAUUUUCCUGGAAGAAAUGCACUGAUUCAAUGCAACUCCGAGGUGCUGAUUGAUCAAGCCGUUUGGGCCAUCACGCAUGCUUGCUGAUUUCAGCCAAUCCAAUUUCCCAUGUGUGAAAGCAUUAGAUUGACUAAAAAUCGUAAAGUCUAAUGUCACCAAGGAGGCAUAUCAAAGGCGUUGCUAGCAUUGGCGGACCUGCAGGGCACUGAAAACAAGGUAAGUUUUAACCCUAUCAAAGGGAAGGGGGAGUCAGCCUAAAUGGUGUUUUUAGCACUAUAGGGUUUGUGUUCCUGACCCUUUAGUGUUCCUUUAAAUAUUCUGUUUAGCAAAAAAAAGCAUCCGAACCUCAUUUAAAAUCAUUUGUGUUGUUAAUUAAGCAGUUGGUAAACAUAUGCACUUUAUUUUUUUUCAUAAAUUUUGUGAGAAGUUGCCGUAUCUCUUAACUCCACUUUCAAUAUUUUUUUUUUUUUUUAAAUGAAUUGUUUUAGUUCGCAGAUAAGCAAGCGAGUGUGGUUUUUUUUUUUUUGGUUUUUUUUUGUACUAUCCUGGUGUCAGACGCAGUCUAAGUAUGUGUGCGAUCAGAUUGCACAUUGUCUUUGGUAGUGUGCAUAAAUACCUCACGUUGUUGGCACCUACCACCUCCUCUCGCAGUUUUGCCGACUUGUCUUCACUGGGUGUCUAUGCGAACCCUUCUCUGCAUAUUUUGUUUUGAUGGAGUCAAACUCUUUAACCACUCCUUUGGAUCCUUAUGUCAUUCCAGGAUUGAUAAUUCCUUAGUUGUGGUAUGUAAGGCACUGGAGCCACCCACACUUUUAGCAGUUCAUGAUUACGAAUAAUGUUUUUAAUGGAACUUGGACCAUUCCAUCUCAAUGAAGUGGACUUUUUGUGUAGUGGCCUUUUAGGGAGGCUGAGCAGCCUUUAAAAUCCUCAGAAGGGGACAAACCUAAAUAGGAAGGGAACACUAAUAUAGCAUUAAGAAGAAAAUGUGUGGGUGUAUAUGUAUAAUUGUGUGUGUGUGUGUUCUUAAUUUAAUAGUGAUGGUGUAGCAAAAGCUUUCUUUGCCCUCUAGAAGAAAGUUUCCUUCAACAUUUAAAAGGACGUCACCCAUGUGCUUAAUGGAACACUAUAGUGUUGGGAAUACAAACCUGUAUUUAUAAACUCUAUUAUGUCCCUCUGCUGCUCUCUGCCCCAUGUAAAGGAUUAAAUAAAUAAUACUUUAAACCAGUGUUCACCAACAGUCCUGGUUUUGUCGGUGUCUCCUUUGGAAUAAAACCAAGAAAUGCAUAAAUCCUGUUGGUGUUCCACGCGGACUGGGUUGGGGAACACUGCUUUAAACACUUAACUGAUUCUAGAGGUGAGGUCUCCCAAUGCUAGGUUGAGCUUCUCUUCUGACAUCAGUCAAUGGGGUGAACCUAAUAUGCAUGCGCCGCUCAUGCAUUAGGCUUUUCCCAUAGGAAUGCAUUAAUUCUGUGUUCUUCUAUGGGGUUUUUCCACACGUGAGGAUGCCCAGCAUUGUUUCACAGAGUCAAAUUUUGUUAAACUGCAGGAAGCGCCUCUAUUGGCUCUGAUAAAUCGCGCUUUGCAAUAUUAUAAAUGGAAAUUUUAGCAAUAAAUAAGACUGUUACAAAAUUUUACAGAAACAGUUGGUUGAAGAGGAUCCUGCUGAAACGAUCUUACAAUCUAUAGGAUUUAUGAACAAUUAAGCACACCCGCUACAGUAUUAUUGGGCAUAGGGUUUAUGAAUUGAGGUGUGUCAGGAAACCAGUGCUUGUCAAACCCCUGGAGGAAUGGCAAAUAUAAUUAUGUGGCGUUUAUUUAGAGCAUAUAUGCAUGUGUCUUUCCUAGAGUUUUAAAGAGACAUUGCAUGCUGACAUUUUAAGUUAACACAGAUAUUGAGCUGCAUAUGCAACCAAGCCGCAUCUAAUGAUACAGCAGCCAUCGUCGCAGAGGAAGGAGUGAACUUCUUCUAGAAAGUAAAUCUUUCAAUCUAAUCACAGCAUAAUUUAUAGAUGAACUGUAUUUGAUAGUUCUUUUAAUAUCCAUAGUUUAUGGAUGACGUAGUCCACUUGAAGUGUCAUGUAUGUUAGCAGCAUUUAAUUGAACAGUUUGACUCUGUCCUAGAGGCAGAAGCGCCUCUAGUCCUCUAGUGCCUGUUUUCCUGACAGCCACUAAAGUUCUAGUUGACUUCAAUGUUUUACACUGAAGGGUUAAAACAGGACUGCUGCAUCCAGACAACUCAUGGAGGUAAUGUUGUCUGGGUACCUUUAGUGGUCCUUUAAAUAACUUACCACAGUUAAAAGUUCUCAUCAGAACUGCUUCCUCUUACACAUGAGCCCUUGCCGCUAGAUACCUGCCAGUUACAAAAAUCUGAUAUAAGGAUCCCCAUCUCUCACCGCAUUUACGGUCCUUCCCAGAACUGUCCCAUAUCUCUCCUCAGAAUGUUCAUAUAUAUAUCUGUGGGAAAAGCAAGUCUUAUGGCUUGACUGGUGUGCAGAUUUUUGUUUAGCAUUGUAUUAACUAUCCACAAACUUCAGGUGGAAGGGGUUUUCAAUCACAAUUUUUCCACACCAUAACCUAUUUGAAUUUUGCUUCCCAAGCACUACCAAGCCUCACUAAGCAAACCAGUAACCAACCUCAUGCUGAAGAGUUGCAUUAACAACGAAACAGCUGUCCAUGAGUGGUUCACUGGUUUUUCAUCUUAUCCUAAAUUGUGUUCCAAGCAGUUGUAUACUGCAAACACAAAUUAAAAGGAAUCCAUGUUUAAAAUGGAAUGAGGCAAAAAUGUGAUUCUUUGUUAAACUAAUUUGCAUAUACCCACCCAGAAUCCUUUGCGGUUGUAACAUCACUGCUGAUUUGGGAUUUCUGUGGGAAAAGCAAGUCUUAUGGCUUGACUGGUGUGCAGAUUUUUGUUUAGCAUUGUAUAAAAAAAAAAAAAUAUAUAUAUAUUUUUUUUUUUUAAGGAUAUAAGAGGUUUGCAUAUUAUUUCUAUGAAAUGUUUUUCCUCUGAACUAGUUGACCCAUUCUUUUCUCAACCUAUAUUUGUCUUUCACAAACUUAUCUGUACCUGUUAUUUUACAGAAUAGCUUGUAAGCUUGAUGGCCAAGAACUCAAAAUCUUCAGUUUCUGCAUUUGGUUGACCUUUUCUUCACUCUUUCUUUAAUCUGUAAAACUCUGCAGAAGGCUUUUGUGCUAUGUCCAUGCUAAAAUAAACUAGUAGCAUAAAAGUAUCCACUUCUUUUUGCAAUACGAAAGAGCAGAUAAAAAAAUUUGCCAGGCUGCACGUCACACUUUGGUUUUUUUUUUUUUUCAAAGAAGGUGGAGCUGGGAAGAGUGGGGGUUGAUGGCUAAAUGCUUACAGAGUGUGUGUAUGCUGGACAUCCUGCAAUAAAUCACUAGCCCUUUUUCUUUUUAACACUAAAUAGACAAUGUAGGCCAUUGGUAGCAGUGUAUGCGGUUCUCUACCCUCAGGCGUUCAGCAAUAAAAGAUACUACUUUUUACAUAAAACAAUCCUUGCCCUUAUGGCGCUUGCUUUUUUCUUUUUUUUUUUUUUUUAUCGAAGAUAAUGUAGAUGUUCACCAGGAUUAUUAUUUUUUUUUAUUUACUUUUCAGAAAUUCGCUUUGUCAAAUAAUAGAUCAGCUUGAAGACCUGUUAACUGUUAUAUACUUUAAAGGGACACGAAAGUAUAGGCACAAAAAUAAUUUUAACUUAAUAUAGCAGUUUAGGUGUUAUAUUCCAUGCCUCUGCAGUCUCACUGCUCAAUUCUCUGCCAUAUGAAGUUAAAUCACUUUUUUAUUUAUUUUUUCUCUUUGGAGCCUUAGCCACACCUUUUCUGGCAGUGACUCAAACUGCCACCAUGGAAUGGUUUCCAAUCUACUUACCAUUACUUUUUAGAUGGGUUUUAUCUACUGCUCUGUUAAUUGAACUUAAAUUGCACAUAGGAGGCUUCUGUAGAAGACCAUUAACAGAGCAAAAGGUAAGACAUUUUAAAUACAAUAUUUGAUAAAGUUAAAAAGUUAUCUCUUUACAGGAAGUGUAUGUGGAGGCAGCGUAAGUCACAGCCUGUGGAGGCGUGGCUAUGGUGACAUAAACCAUACUUAAUUCUUAAAUAGCAGGGAAUCAAGCACUUAGACUGCAGGGGCAUAAUCUUAAGAACAAACUGCUUCAUUUAGCUAAUUUGUUUUGGUGUUCUUCUAGUCUAAUAUGAUUUGCGUGAGUGAAAAUGUAGAAACAGGGAGUAGAAGUUCACUCCUGCAGAGUGUUCAAUGGACUCUCCAAGCUUGCAAAGGAGAGUAAAAUUUAAGGCCUGGCUAGUAAUAUGACUUCAAACUGUAUUAUCUAACCCUGCAAUUGGAAGCAGUUUAUUUAACGGCACAAAUCUGUUUCACUUUAACACUUCCCAGGUAAAUCCGGUACAGAUCGAUUUUUGUUUAAGCUUAGUUUAACAUUAAUAUUUAAGCUAAUGUUUUACUAAUGGUGCACGUUAAGUCUUUCUGUUGGUGAUGGUUGUUUGCAACAGAGACCUAUAUAAAACACCCCCUCCACUGUGGCACUCCUUGCAUCAUUUUCCAACGAUUCCCUACACAUGCACGUGCACACACACUAAAAGCCCACAUACAGGAAAUCAAAUGGUCAGUUUGAAAAGAGAUGGCAUAACUUUAUCAUGCAAGUUCAGUUCCGAGAAUUGUUUCACCUAUCCAAUCUCUGUGAGCUUCUUCAGCAUGCAAUGUAUUGGAAGAAGUAGUAGUCCAAUAGUGACCUUUUCAAUCUUGGGCACUGAUGCAAACCCAGAUAGUGAUCGCACUAAUCUUCAGGGGAAAUGGAGAAUUUCCCGUAACAAAAAUCCAUAAAUGUAAUCUGAAAUUUAAUAUGAAAGAUUACCUCUUAUAUAUCUAUCCAGAGUCAUUUGCAGUCUUCCAGAUUACCACUAGAGGCGCUUUCGCUGCAUUGAUAGAGUAAAACUGUCACAUGACACAGAAGCUCAUAGCAAAGCACUAAAUUUAAUGCUUUCCUAUUUGAAGCAUUGAAAGAGCGCACAUAUCACUCACUGUGAAUACCAAUCAGGUCCCUGCCCUGAUGCUCUUUAAAGAACAUAUGAUUGGACCAUACCUCCUCAAUAAUGUCUUGGGAGUCAGAGAGGUGAGCUGCGCCGAGAGCGUUUUAGCGCUGGAAAAAGGUAAUGUUUAAAAAAUUUUUAUAUAUAUACUCACACACACACUGCUGGAUGAGGGAGGUGGGUUUUACUAGGGGGCCAUACAUCUAGUGAUGGGAAUAGGUGUUUUUAUAUGAUCCAUAAAUAUGGGAGUGUGGUGUGAGGGUUUUUUUUUUUUUUUUUAAAUCAUCCUAUACGUAUUGUCCCAUAAGUGCGCUCUUGUCUAGAUGAUUCCGUGGUGCUGUAAUAAAUCUAAGUUAGGGUAACAAUUUUUGUUUCUCAAGUGGCAGUUUCCUCAUGAAAAGGAAGACUGAGAGGAUGUUAGUGUAUCUAUUGAUCGAGUUAUGUCCUAUUUAACUCAUUCAUGCAGUUAUAAGCGGAAAGCGUCUGCAGUGGGAAACUUGUUUUCAUACUACUAUACCAUACAUAGACCAGAAAUCUACAUUGUUUAACUGUCCUAUCUCUACACAUCUGCAUCAGAUUGUUUACAUAAGAAUUCCAUUUGUGUAUUAUCAUUUUUAUACUUGGCUUGUACACUUCCAAAGCUUGCAUGGAGCUAGAAUUGUCCUGUACUAAACAGACCCUUCCAUAAAUUAAAGAUUCUCCUCCACCCUUUCUUUCCUGCACAUUAUGUACACACAUCCCUCCCAGCUCCCCCUGACUUUUUGAACCAUCCCUGGAAAACAGGUGGUGUUUUUACCAAAAGGCACAUCUGUGUGGGUGUGUGGAGCAGCACAAAAGCAGGAUAGCCACUAUAUAUAGAUCUGUCUACUCAGCUCUAAUUGCAUAAUUUAAUCACAGUCCUCUGCAACGGAAACGCAUCCAUACUCCUUGCAGGCAUCAAAGGAAACAUCUUUCCAAGUCGUAUCCUUUUGCAGACUAGCACACAACUCUAUACCACACACCCAAUUGUUGAAUCCCUCCGCUGGGAAAGAUAAGGAAUUUCAUUCUUUUGUGUCGCUUAAACAAGCACUUCCUCCUGUAUUUAGCUUGGGUGUUGUGGUGGUUCUUCACAGGUGAUCUGGACAGUGGCCAGCUUCUUCUUGCAGAUUUGAAGUAUUUUUAUUUUAUUUUUUUUCUCCCUUUUUUUUUUUUUCUCCCUCUGACAGUUUAUAGACCUAUAUGAAGAAUUUUUAUUUUUUUUAACAGUCAGCAGUGUAGUUGGAGUUGUUUGUGUUUCUUUUGUUGGCUUGAAGAUUAUAAGUUUUUUUUUUUUCUUUCAAUGCUAAACUUAAGGGUGUACAAAUGUUUAUCUUGGUAUGGGCCUAGGUAGCAUUAGCUUGAAUUGAAAGGGUAAGUCUUUCACUUCGCUUCAUGAUGACUUGAAGUGCUCAUGGUGAGAGGAACAUGUGUAUGCUUGAAACCUGCAUAUACUGAGAUUUGUCUCCCAUGCUGCUCCUUGAAUCCCUCCUUUGCAUAUUGUUUGUGCUUUUAUUUAUUUUUUACUAAUACAAUCCUCUCAUUCCUUGUUUGCCCAGAGCUCAUGAGUGCAUUCUGAGCCAAUGGUAUGGUCCAAUCACAGGCAUAAUAAUGAGAAGCCUGUGAUUGGACCGCGUAGCCCCUCUGAAGUCCGAGAGGGCAUGGAAGAUUGGAAGUUUUUAUUUUUUUUAAAUCAAUUUAUCUUGAGCUUUGAAAUCUUCAUUGGGGAAGCCUUAAAGGGACCCUCAAAUACACAAACAAAAGCAAAUCAGCUUAGUUGAAAUAUUUCAAUGGAAACAUGCAUGCAUAAGGAAUACUAUAGUUAACCAGACCACUCCAUCACAAUGAAGUGUUCUGGGAGCACUGUCCCUGUUUUUAGUUUUGUUUUAGUUAUUUUUGAACUGCAAUAUUUUCAUUGUAGAGUAAAGGAACACUCCAGACCCUUAAACAACUUUAGCUUGCUGGAUUGCUGCUUUAUUUGUGACUUUUUAUUUUUUUUUUCAUUUAGCAAAAAGUGCAGAUUUCAAUAUAAAUGUUCACUUUUUUUUUUUUUUUAUAAAUUAACCUGGUUACAUCCCUUUUGGCUUUCAAGCUAACAGAUCAUGUUACUUCCUGGUUUUAUUCGCUCAGUGGAGCUAAACUUAAGAGGCAGCAAUUGCCCAGAGCACCUGCUUUUCAAAGACUUCUCAUUGAUCUACAAUGAGUCUGUGCUCGGACAGCUGCAGGAAGUCUGGGUUGGGUUUGGAGAGGGCUUGCAAAAGCAGGCAUUUUUUUGCAAGCGGUUUUUAGCUAUACCCCCAAUGAAAAAAUACAGAAUUAAACGCGUGAAUGUUUUAAGUUGGGGUAUAUCUAGUAAAUAGUGAUCUAGCAUGACAUGGAAGCCCCCAAAGGAAAGCAUUAUGUCCCUUUUGAGGAGCAUUGAAUUGGACCAUGGUGAAGGUGGCCAUGCCUCUUCAGUGGUAUCUUAGUUGUAGGAAAGCUAAACAAUGCAGAGGUAGCCUCUGCUCUGGAUCAAGGUGGGGUGGGACACUCCUGAUACCACAAGGUACAGGAACACUAACAUUUGGUAUACAGACUGUAUUCCUAACUCUAUAAAGCUCCUUAGGGUAGGCAUCAUGGUAGCCGAAGUUAAACCGCAUUUGGAGAUUGCUUUUGGCUAUUUUAUCACAAACACCAUAAGGUCUUACAGUGGCUCAGUUGACUGUGGUAAAUGCUGAUUCCUUCUUUCAAAAAGCUGUACUGAGGAUGAUUUAGCAUGUUGUUUAAUAAGGACCAAUGGCUUUCUAAAUAGUCUGUACAAUCCGGGUCUUGCAGGCCCCCUGUGCCUACAGAGCUGUGGAGUCGAAAGCAAGUUGUGUUUUGCUAAAAUUAGGUAAUGGAGUCAAAUUUUUAUUACCUGUGCAUUAUUGAUAAACUUUGUUUUUUGUUUUUUUUAUUACAGUAUAUAUUGCCUCUGUAGUCUUAAACAGCUGUGGAAGUGUAGUUAUUAGUGCUGUUACUUUCUUGAUGUAUCUCUGCCCUUAUGUAUCCAAUCCUCAAUAACACCUUCAACAGCUGUGAAUGCCCCUCUUCUCCCUUUUUAAAUUGAUUGUACAAAAGCACUGACUGUCAGCUGAAUACCAGCUGUUUUGCUUGUUCACUUUUGAGAAAGACUUCAUUGUUGAACAAUUUCUUAUUUUGCCUCGGUGAAGUUUAUGCACCUGGAUGAUUCACGGACUGUGCUGUGCUGGUAUCUUAAUCUGAAAAGGAAACCUGUUUGAGUGGCAUCUUUCUAUAACACACUUUUGAUGCAGGCAUGGCUUUAGGAGACACCCCAGCUGUUGUACAACUCAAACUCACAUCAAUCUUUCUGAGCUUCCAUGGGUGCAACAGUUCUACCACAGCUGGUGAGCUGCCUUUUUGGUUAGUCCUGUAAAGUGCCUAGAGAGAGAUCUGCUAUGCCUCACUGAUGAUGCCUAACCAGGCUGAAACAAUCGUAUGGGGUUGCUGUAUCUCUCGUGCAGAGAGAGCCGGCCUGUAUUUUGGAUCUGUUCUGCCCUUUUGGAGAUGCAUGGUCUGGUUCUCUUUGUAAUGGCACAAGAUGAGCUAAAACAUCUUGAGAACUGAGCGGGGAUCCACCGAAGGGCAGGCUAAUUGAGCUGUUGUCCGUCCUCAGCACUCUCUUGCAACUUGUUUUUUUUGCUCUACAUUCUUAGAUUGCUUGAUAUACAUUGUUUUACCUUGGACACUUACGCCUGUACAAUUAGAGACAAUCUAUUUUAGGCCUCACCGAGUGUGAGUGUUGUACUCGCAGUUCAUGUGACAGUUUUUUUAUUUAAGGGACACUCCAGGCACCCAGACCACUUCUGCCCAUUGGAGUGGUUUGUGUGCCAACUCCCACUAGUUUUUAUAAACUGCAAUAAUUACCUUGCAGGGUUAAGUCCUGGGGGCACUGCAGUGCCAGGAAAACAGAUGUUUUCCUGGCACUGGAGAGUCUCUUUAACCCCUUACGGACAUGACAUAUGUGACGUGUCAUGAUUCCCUUUUAUUCCAGAAGUUUGGUCCUUAAGGGGUUUUUAAGUGGCCAAGCAACAAAUUUGUUGGACAAUCUAUUGCUUUUGUUAAGUUGGUUAUUCUGCUGCUUUUUUUUCAAAUGAAAAAUUAAACCUUUACAUUUACUCAAAAAUUCUUUAUCCUUGAUACAAUUGUAGAGAUCUAUUGUGUGCUGGCAGCCAUCUUGGUUUGGGUGAUUAUUUUGCACAAAAAUAUUCUUCUUCUCCAGAACCACUUUUGCUACAGACGUACAAAAUGCUGUGGAAGGUCCUGUUGUGACUUAGUUUUGGAUUUAUUCAAGAGAAGUCGAUUGAGCACGUGAUUUGGUGGCUGUAUUGAUUACCCAAACAUUUUCACAACCUAUUGUCAAAACAAUGUGGAAUUUGUCACCUAUAUUUAAAGUAGUUUGUUUUGUGCACUUUUAUCUCCCCGUCUUUUUCUUUGUCAAUUGCUGUUUAGAUUUCACUUUGUGCGUUUAAAAUUUGUUUUUUUUUUAAAUGCUCCGUUGCAUUUUUUUUUAAUUAUUAUUAUUGUAACACCGGUUUAGGCCUAUAUGUGCCGGAUAAGUUGACCCGCUAAAUAAUGUGCAAUUUUCGGGCCCAGUCUAGAUCUGUGGGUGGAAUGUUUUUUUAAUAUAAAAUUAAUGAUUUACUUACUGUAACCUGUUAUAAUAAUAUAAGAUUAUUUUAAAAGCAAAAACAUAUAGUUUACGUUUUACUUUCCCCUAAUAGGUCACUAGCAAGUCAGCUGUAUUUACAUAUGAAUUAAACCAAACCGCAAACUGUACAGUUAUACGCAGUUGUUCCAAAAUUUGUGUAAAUAAUGACUCUAAAGCGUUCUAAAUACAGUGAGUGGUGAUGGUAAGCAGUCUAAAAAAUCGAUACCUUUUUAGAAAAGAAGUUAGAAGUUAUAGAGGUAUGAAAAGAGGUUACAGUAUUGCAUGCAUCAGGCAAAGACUUUAUUUUCGUCUCUGCCACAUAUCAACAGCUUAAUAUUCUGCAUAUUAAUCAACCCCUAGUUUUAGUAAGAUAUCUUUUUAACGUCUUGUACACUGGCAUAUAUGGCAAAUUGCAAUAUAAUGCUGCCAUUAACGGAGUAGUUAGAGUCAAAAGCUUUUAUGUACAGACUCCACUGCCCUAUUUUAGCCAAAACAGCCAAAACAUUGUUUGGUUGCAAUGGGUUUAAGAUCUUGUUUGUGUUUAAGAUCUUCAGAGAAUAAGACCAGAAUAAGUGCAUCUGAACCACAACAUUAAGAUGUAAUGGUUUUGGCUCUUAGUAUCUCCUUAAGACACUUGAAGGUCACUUCGUAAAAGGGCAAUUUGCAACAGAUGAGGAAACAGAAUUUGGCUAUCUAUUUGCAAUUGCCAUUCAGGUGCAUAUGCAGUGAUUUGCUUCUAAAAUUCCAAAAUAUAUUUUUAGUUCUUGGUGUGGCUUACUGGUACACAAAUGACUUAUUUGAUAAUGGAUCUUUUGAAAGGCACUUAAGGCAGCCUAUAAAUUUGAUUAAUCUCUUCAUUUUUGCAUGCAUUGUGUCGUAAUCCACUUAUGUGAUUAUUUCAAAUAUAAAAUGCUACAUAAAUCUAGUGUCAUUGUGCAUUGACAUGCAUGUUGCCUAUUGAUAUAGUAACUGAAACUAAGAAUAGCACAGAGAGGGGAACAAGCUGACCUUCUCAAAACAGAGGUCAGCACAUUCACAGGGGGGUGGUGCUCAAUGUGUAAAUGUAUGUAUGUGUGCUUACAGCCAAUAUGCAAAAAAUUUCUAUUUGCUGCCAGAUGAUCAAAUUGAACAUCUGGAAUUUCCUCCCACCCUUUCCCUUUCUCUCUAAAACUAACAUAUUUUUGUUCUUUUUUAGAAUCUGUUGGAGCUGCAGGCUGAUUCUUGCACCAGAUAGCUGUCAUUUUGUAUCUCGACCGCAAAAGAACAUUAAAUACAAAAACCUUGUUCUGGACUCUUGAGAGAAGUGCGCAAUUAAAGACUUGUCACAAUGAAUGUGACCAGCUUAUUCUCCUUUACUAGCCCGGCAGUGAAGAGAUUGCUUGGGUGGAAACAGGGAGAUGAGGAGGAGAAAUGGGCUGAGAAAGCGGUGGAUGCCCUGGUGAAGAAGCUUAAGAAGAAAAAAGGAGCAAUGGAAGAGCUAGAAAAAGCUCUGAGUUGUCCCGGGCAGCCCAGUAACUGUGUCACAAUUCCUCGCUCUUUGGAUGGCCGGCUACAGGUCUCUCAUCGCAAGGGCCUCCCUCAUGUGAUUUAUUGUCGUGUCUGGCGCUGGCCAGACCUACAAAGCCACCAUGAACUGAAACCUUUGGAGUGCUGCGAAUAUCCAUUUGGCUCCAAGCAGAAGGAGGUCUGCAUCAAUCCUUACCAUUACAAACGAGUGGAAAGUCCUGGUAUGUAUCUUGAUUGUAAAAAUACUGUAAACGUUAAACAUAGAAGGGCUUUUUAUUUAUUUUUUCUUCUCAUUUUGUAGAGCAGUGUAAUUCAUACAGAGUUUGAAGCAAAGUUUGGUCAUAAAAUAUUGGCCCAUCCUGUUUUCUGGUGGCGUUUGUCUUUCCUCUUUAAAUGAGUUUUUAUAACAGGGUUUUCUAUAUCUAGCUUCCAUUUUAUAUUGAUCAAUCAUCAUCUAAAAUCCAUAGUGCACUUUAUUGCCAUAACAGAUACUGUUUUUUGUAAAAGCAACUAUUUUAACCCUAAGACUGCCAGUGUUAAUACGGCAGGCCCAAGCCAACCUGCUAUGCUAGAAAUACUUCAUAUUUUGAAUCAAAACUGAACCUAUAAUUUUGUUCCUACUGUAAAUGUACUUUUUCUUUAUUUUAUUUUUUUUCUUCAUUCAUACAAAAUACUGUUUUCUUAAAAGGACAGAAAUGGCUUUCUUUUAAUAUCCCAUAUGUACACUUAACACAACAUUAAGUAUGAAAUUUAAAAGGGAAAAACUACUCUCUUACACGAAUCUUAAUUCUACACAGACCCUGAAAUAUCACUAACUCUUAGCAGAUAAGAUAACAAAGGUACAAGAAACCUCAAUAUCUUGCUCUGGUUAGUCGCUGCUCAGGUCUCAAAAAUUUUUGUCUCACUUGUUCCAUUACAGAGAGAACCUAUACCAUUUCCAUAUCAGACUGAUCCCGUCAACAAGGACAGAGCCGAAAUGCCAGAAAGUGGGUGGGAUCAGUCUCCUGUUAAAAUUGUAUAGAUUCUCUGUGAUGACAAAAGUGAGCAAAAAUAUAUUUUUGAGACCUGAGCAGGGACUAACUGAAAGGCAAGCUAUUGAGGUUAUUCAGAGCUUUUACCGGUUCUGAGAGUUCUCAAAUUAUCUGGUUUUGUUGCAAAGUAUUGACCAGUACUCUACACCAACUCCAAUUCAGAGGGAUUCUGUCUGCUAUUAGCAGAGGGAUUUCCCAGUUCACACAGUACAGUGUACUCCUGUGAGUACACCAGCAUGAGAGGGAAAUCUUUCUCAUGCUUAAGCUCUAGCAUGCUAUCCCUGCUGAUCGCACGGUGAUCAGUGCUUGGUAGUGGUAUUCAGGGAGACCCCCUCAGACUGGUGCAAAGCCAUAGGGAUUUAAAUGCAUUUAAACAGCUUUAUGCUGAGUUUACUUUGAGCUCUGUUAGUCUGGGACUACUAAAUAUGGCUCCAGCUGACAAGGGGUGGGUGCCAAGGUAUCUAAUACCUCAAGGUGAAGAUCUUCCAACUGCACAUGAGUAAAUCUGUCUGACAUGCCCAAUGCACUUUCCAAGCGUUAAGUACACUGGCUAGAUCAAUGUCUCCUCACUCCCCCUCGUAAUUGGUGUGAAAAGGAUAAGAAAGGAGGCAAAUAUUUAAAGGAACACUAUAGGCCCAGGAACACAAACAUUUAUUCCUUACCCUAUAGUGUUAAAAUCCCCAUCUAGCACUCCUUGUCCUCCUAAAUAUAGUAAAAUAUUAUUCCAGUCUGCUGCUGGCUCUACCCCUGAUCUGCCUGCAUGGCUGACAUCAGAAGUAUUGCUCAAAGCUAAUCACAAUGCUUUCCAAAAGGAAAGCAUUGGAUUGACUGAGCUUAUCAAGGGCAGAGCCAAAACAAGCCUGGUCAAUCAGCCUCUAAUCAUAGAGAUGCAUGUAAUUAAUCUAUGAGUGUCUGUCUGCAUGCAGAGGGUGGAAACACUGAAUGUCAGUGCUGCAAAUGUCGCAGCACUGCCCCAGGAAGCACCUCUAGCAGCCAUUUGAGCAGUGGCCAGUGGAGGUGUCCCUAGGGAGCAAUGUAAACACCAGGCGUUUUGCAGAGAAAAGGCAAAGGGAGUGUUUAUACUCACUAGAAGAAUACAAUGAACUGUAGUUGUUCUGGUGACUAUAGUGUCCCUUUAAAAAAAAAAAAAAAAAAAAAAAUUAAUUUCCCUGCUUUUUUACAGCCUGCAGAGUGAUGCAACUGUCUCAUUCAAAACGAAAGCUUUUGAAUGAGACGGUUGUAUCAAAAUAAUGUAUGUCACUUGAAAUGUACGGUGUCUAACCCGGUGACCUUAUAGCUUCAUAUGGCCAAAAGAUCAUGCAUGAACGAAUAUUCUUAAGUCCACUGAUGGACCCCUCUUCUGUUUUAAAAACAAACUCUAUGGGCACUCAGAUCAUUUCCUCUUAAUGAAGUGUAGCCUGGGUGCAGUGCCCCUGUUUUGGUCCUGUAGUUAAAAACACUGCUGUUUUUUGAGAUACAGCAAUGUUUGCAUCAUUGUGCUAAACAUGCCUCUAGUGGCUGUCUGAUGGUGUUUCUGCUUCUAGAGUCUUUUUUUUUAUUUUUUUGAUGUUCAACAGCAGUGGGGUUUUUUGUGGGGUUUUUUUUCACAUUGUUGCUUCUCUAUGAGAAGUCAGCAGACGAGAUGAGACAGGAGGCUAUUAGGACUGAGCCUCGGAUCUUGAAACAAAGUAAGUAAAAUAUAUUUUAUAUUUCUCUCCCCUGUGACGCAGGUGCACAAGGAUAAAAAGGAUUUAAAGGGACACUAGUAACCAGAACAAUUGUAGCUUAAUGUAGGUUUUCUGGUGAGUAUAGUCAGUCCCUGCAGGCUUUUGUGCUUUGAACACAGAGAAAAUAGUGUUUACAGUACAGCCUAGGAACACCUCUAGUGGCCACUAGAGGUGAUUUCUGGGUCAGUGCUGCGCAGUGUACCACACUGAUGUUCAGUGUCUCUAGACACUGCAUGGAGACACCACUGAACUCUCCUCAUAGAGAUGCAUUGAUUCAAUGCAUCUCUGAGGAGAUAUUGAUUGGCCUGGGUGGUGUUUCGCUUCGCCCCACACCCACCUACUUGGCUGACCUGACCAGGAUUGACUAUCUCAGCCAGUCUAAUGAUAGCCAAGGAGGCUGGUCGGGGUGGGGCCAGCUCUGGCAGACACAUGCGGCGCUGAAAGUAAAGUGAGUAUUCUAGUUAUUUAAGGGGGCAUAGCAUGUUUAACACUAUAGGGUCAGAAAUACACGUUUGUGUUCCUGACCGUAUAGUGUUUCUUGAAUGAAAUGGUUUUUUUAAUGGUUUUCAUUUUAAAUGCCCUGUAAUGUGUGUUACCAGGAGUCCCCACAGUAAGUAGUUAAAAUGUUUUUGAGCUAUUUGACACUUACUUUUGUUACCUGGGCACCUGCACAGCUUUGGUUCCGGACUGUGGCUAAAGAGGACGUUCUCUUUCUGUUUAAGAAAUGUCAAUUUCGUGCAACAUCACAAAUUCUCAAUCUAAUUUAGUCAUGUCACAUUUGUACAUUAGCAGAAGUUGUCAUUCCGCUUUAGUGUAAAUUUUGUGCAGUUUUUCAUGUAAUCUUUUGGGUGAAAGCAUCUGUGACUAUUGACUUAGCAAAAUGAGAACUUGUUAACACAGGAAAAGCAUGGGCUCUUGAAACAUUCACAAACUGGCUACUUAUUGUGGAACACAACCAAGGGACUCCUGCCUCUAAAAGGAUGAUAGUACAAUGGUUAUGGUGUUUAGAGUGGUGCUUUAAAUGUAGAAGUCAACUCUGUUCAAUUCUGGAAAUGAGUACAUUCAUCUUGGCUUCCUGUCGUUCAUUUAUGAGUUUUCCCUUUUGCACCUGACAGUUAACUUAGGGACAGAGAAGGAGAAAUAGAAUUAUAGUUUAUUUUUCCUCCAGUGUAGUGAACAAGCUUGUAAACUUUUCAAAAGAAAUUGAGCAUCACUUAAAAAAAAAAAAAAAAAAGACUUUCACUGUUUUAAUGUUCUUUCCAAGAGUAUAAUGAUCCACACCUUUUAAAUGUUUAAUUGAAAAUCAUAAUUUUAUGAGUAAAUUGAUCCUCUCCACUAAGAGAGGUUGGUAAUCUAAAUUUCCAAAGUAACCAAGGUAACAAAAAAAAAAUCUGUAGGAGAUAACAAUCCUGGAAAUAAAAUGUCACUUUAAUCCACUGACUAAUGCAACUUUUUUUUUUUUUUUAGCUGAGAAGUUUUUAAACUUAAUAUAUUGGAACAAUGUAGUUUUAAAGGCCCACAAUAGGCACCCAGACCACUUCAGCUUAAUGAAGUGGUCUGGGUGCCUGGUCCAGCUAGGGUUAACCCUUCUUUUUGUAAACAUAGCAGUUUCAGAGAAACUGCUAUGUUUAUAUUAGGGUUAAUCCAGCCUCUAGUGGCUGUCUCAUUGACAGGCGCUUCCGCGCUUCUAACUGUGAUUUUCACAGUGAGAAGACGCCAGCGUCCAGAGGAAAGCAUUGUGAAUGCUUUCCUAUGAGGCUGGCUGCGCGCGUGGCUCUUGCCGCGCAUGCGCAUUCAGCCGAGGAGGAGGAGAGCUCCCCGCCCGGCGUUGGAGAAAGAGGUAAGUUUAACCCCUUCCUCCCCCUAGAGCCCGGAGGGAGGGAGACCCUGAGGGUGGGGGCACCCAAUGGGCACUAUAGUGCCAGGAAAACAAGUGUGUUUUCCUGGCACUAUAGUGGUCCUUAAAUAAUACAAACAAGUAUUCCUAGCUCCAUAGUGUCCUGCCUACUGUGUAGUGUCUGCCCCCACCCCUUCUGUAAACUUCAAUAAAGUUAAUUUACCUUCAUUCAUUUUCAAUCCGCGGUGAUCUCUCCAUGGCUUGACCCACCUCCUUGGCCAAGAUCUUUAUUUUUGGUGAUCUCAGCCAAUCCAGCGCUUUCCUAUAUGAAAGCAUUAAGAGGCUGUUGCACUUGUGUGGCAAAAGGCUGCUAUGCAGCCACUACAGGCAUUUAAACCUUUCACUGUAUAUGUUGUAAUUUCUACAGAUUGACAAGAUUUUCAGCUGCAGGGUUAAACUACAGUGACAUGACAUCCAGAUUGCUCUGCAUGGAAACACUGAACUUUCCUCGGAGACGCUGAACUUUCCUCAUAGAGAUGCAUUGACUCAGUGCAUCUCUGAGGAGGUGCUGAUUGGCCAAGCCAGCGUUUGUCACCAUUCCUGUCCCGCCUCAUUGAUGACUUGAGCCAUUCCAAUGUGAAAGCCAUUGGAUGUGCUGAAAUCAUACAUUCCUAUGUCAUUAAGGGGGCAAAGCCAGCCCUGGAAAUAACGCAUGUUUUUAUUAUUAUUAGUAUCUUUUAAGCCACCUAGAUAGUGGUUUUUAAAACUAGAGGAUCAGGAAUAAAUGUUUGUUUCUAAUCCCAUAGUGUUCCUUUAAGCUUGACAAAGCUUUAACAAUGUUUGUUUGCCAAAAGAAUGCUUUUAAUGUUAAAUCUACUUAAUGAUUCUUAUAUUCAAUAUUUCUAAAAUGUUUAUUAAUCCAGAUAAGGAUUGUAUGAUCUGUUAAAUGAAAGUCAAAUUGUCAUGGACACUUAAUUUUUAGGCUAUUAUGUCGUCUUGCAUUAAUUUUCACAGUAUUGGUAUAUUGGGAAUAACUGCUCUCAGCCCCGUUUCAACGUCUUUAGGAAAAAUACAUCUAACUGCUGCAUUUAUCCCAGCUAGAGCAGUAAAGACCUGUUUGAGUCUAUUUAAUACAACUUACGGCCAUAUCUUUUUUUUAAAAAGAAGGAAACAAAAUCUGUGCAAUACGAUAUAUAGGUGUGGUAUAUGCAUAGCUGGAAACUGUAGGACUUUCUGCUCAUUCUGGGACUUUCUCCAAUUUAUGCAACUAGACAUAAUAUAAACAUUUGAGGGAAGCCCAACACACAAUAAAAUCUGCCUACAACAAUGUGAUUGCUGAGAGGCCCAUAAUAAGGCAGCAAAGAAACUGCUGCGUUUAUUAUACCCGGCCUGAAUCCUUCCCCUUGGUACUUAUUCACUCAUGUUAUUGGCUUGAAGAAAAAAAACACUAUUCAUUCUGGCUAUCACAAUGAGCCAGGCCAGCACUGGAGCAAUGUUUGUAUACCUACUGUCAGGAUAUCUCAAUUUUCAGGGAUGCAGAUCCAUCAAGUUUAAAUGUUGUCUGACUUUUUAGUAACGUGUAUUGAAUUCAAAGUGAAUUUUAAGGCUAAUGAAACCAAACUGAAAGCAUGGCUGACUUGGAGCAUUUCUCACACUUUGGCUAUUUUGGAGUUAAUUUUUCAAUCCACCUUCAAUUCCUGACAAUUCUCACUUUAAUGAAUGACCCUGAUUAUACUUAAAGGUUAAUUACUGAAAGCUCUGGAGCAGCCAUGGUCAGUUUCAUGGUUUUGCUACAAGGCAUGAAUAUAAAAAAAAGUUAUUAGGGGCUUUACCUGCAUAAAGUUAAAGUAUAGCAAAACCGACACAAGAAAUGUUAUGCUGAAUUACUUGGGCAUUGCUUGAUUUUGUGAAUUACACUUACAAAGAGAUGGUUUACUUUUAACUCUCAACCAUAUCACUUGCAGUUAUUAAUUUUAAGUUCCUAAAUAGUACAACUGCUCCAGAAUGGAAGCAGCUUCUUAAUGAGUUCUGCCAAUAACCAUUGGUUUUGGGUUUUGUUUUUGUUUUUUCUCUCUCCUCCUCUUCUUUUGGGUGGUCUCAACUGGGUGAGUGAACUUGGCACAGUCUCUAAACUUUUUUUUUCUUUUUUUUUUUUUUUCCUCUCCUUUAGUGGUUUUAACCAAUUUAGAUGGCAUUAUAGAACACUUGUAUACAAGUACUUAGUGUUUUUAUUUAUUAUAUUUUUUUUCCUUCCAUCCAUCUGCCAGUCUACAGAAUGACUUUGUUCUUGGUAGGCAAGCGACACUUUAAGGCAUCCACAUAGUUGUUUGUAUCUGUGCACUGUCCAGACAGGAUAUGCUUGUGCCAAUGUAAACAGUAAGCAUGAAAAAAGUAUGUAUUUACAGUCUAAAGUAGUUGUUGCUGAAGCUAUAAAUGGCUGACCCAACCACCUUUUGUGGAAUUUUCUAAUACUUUUUUGGAUAGUGAGAUACUUGCAGUUCUGUGACAUAUACAUGGUCACUCAGAUCAGGAUGAGCCAGGGAAGCUAGGGCUGCAUAAACAUGAUCUGUACAGAACUGCUUGCUUCUGCCCCUGUUUGAGAGAACCAAUGUUGAUGAUCUCAACCAUCCAAUGCUUCACCAUAGAAAAGCAUUGGGAGGCUGGUGUGCAUGCACAGCCAACAUACCAAUCAAAUGCUCUCAAUCAUUAAAGUACAGCGCUACGAAAUUUGCUGUUGCUAUGUAAAAAUAAUCUGAACUAUAACAGAGUUUGUCAUCUAUAGGUGCAGAAGCACCUCCAGUGUCUGUCUUCCUGACAGCAAGUAGGUGCUUGUUCGCCAUUUUGCAGGAACAGUAAUGUUUGCAGGUUUUUUUUUUUUGUUUUUGUUUUUUUACAAGUUGCAGUGUUAAAAUAGGGACAUGGCACCUAGACCACUUCAUUGAGAUGAAGUGGAAUGGAUGCCAAUGAAUUCAUUUUAAUGAAGUUGCUUUAGUGUAUCGAUCACGUCUCAGAAGUCACAAACAAUGCUCCAUUCUCUGCAGCUUAGGAGAUAAAUUGCUUCACUAGAUGUGACUUGCAAAGCUUCGACAUGCAUUCUGUAAAGAGAGAUCUAAUUUUCAAACUUCCUUUUCUGUACUGCAUUUAAAAUAUCUUUUCUCCUGCUGUUUUAACCUUGUGCAGGAGCUACUUCUGUGUAACUUUUAAAGUCGCAAUGGGGGGGGGGAAUUUUGUCCCUCAUGUGGGCCACUGUCUUCUGUCUGGUCCGAAUCAGCUCCUGGUGCUUCAGAUGCUAGGAGCCGACGUCACAGCUGUAUUCUUGCUCAUGCGUGAGAGCACAACAUUGAGAUCUAUAGAGGAUCCCACAAGAUCACGGGAUCCUCCAGAGACAGAGAAAAAUACUGAGACAAAGUAGAAUCUGAAAUACUCUAAUUUUGAAGUGCAAUUAAAUGCGGUUUAAUUUUAUGUGUUUAUUGCGCAAGAAUUUAAGGUGCUGCCACACUGCCUGUCCUUUUUCACCUUCUCAGGAGUUCGUAAACACUUGUUAAAUUGUUUUUAAUGGAAUAUUAUUUUCUUUCAGUUCUUCCACCGGUCCUGGUUCCAAGGCACAGUGAAUACAACCCACAGCACAGUCUCCUGGCCCAGUUCCGCACCAUGGAGCCUAGUGAGCCUCACAUGCCACACAACGCCACUUUUCCAGACUCUUUCCAGCAGCAAAACAACCACCAGUUUCCUCAUUCUCCGAAUAGCAGCUACCCAAAUUCACCUGGCAGUAGCAGUACUUAUCCUCACUCGCCAGCCAGCUCUGAUCCAGGAAGUCCUUUCCAGAUCCCAGGUAAAAACAUAGAAUUGUUGCUAUACAAAUUACCUUCUACAUCCGUUUAUACAUGUCACAUUGCAGGGCUUAGCUUUCUAGAUAUGGUUGUGGAGAUGGCGAGCAGCAUCUGGAACCCCAGAUAUGCAUCUUUACAGUGGAGGGACGUUGGGGCACUGUGUUCCUUUAACUGUUAGACCCUGAAUCAGAAAUGCUUAGUGUAGUUUGUAAAUGUGAAGAAAAACGCAUAGAAUACGGCUCACAAAGGUAUGCUACAAAGGAGGGGGAUAACCCCUAGUGGAAUCAAAAAAGAAGAGAGUGAGUAGUAUACCCGUUAUUGGGUACUGGGAACUAGAUGCGAGUACCACACGGAAGACUGGUCAUACAAUUCAAAAAACAAAAAAUAAUUUAAGUUAAUAUUAAAAAUUGCCAACUGGAAAAUAAGGCAAUCACCCAAGUGUAACACACAAAAUGAGUACAUACAUAGAAAGAAGUGCUAAAAUCAAUGAAAUUGGCUUAAUAACCGCAGAUUGUAGAGGUUCUUAUAUUGCACUUGCUAGGUUAACUGUAAUAGCACACGUCUGUGCUAUACAGGAAUAUGUGUUGACCAUGUGAUAUAAGUAGGGGAGGGAUGAGGGUAUGAGACCUUAAUGUAAGAUAGAAGAAACUGCCUUAAGUAUAGAGAUGGCUUGUCAGAAGGGAGCCUGGUCGGGUGAAACGCGAGCGUCAAGGGAUUUACCACGCUAUUAGCAAUACCGUUACUACACGCUCUUCUAUUGCACUUUAUUCUCUUUAUCUACGAGGGGGGUUGGAUUUAGGUGCCCUUGAAGGCACGGGUUGGGCUAUGUAGUCAGUGUACCUGAUGUACCUUCUAUCUUGUUUCCUACAAUUUGUUUCUUUCUCUUCCUCCUUCCAUACUUGUUGUUUUUAUUAAGGAAACGAGCUGUAGGUGCCCCUUCAUAGCACAUCAUGCUUUUUUAGUGAAAUCUCAAACAUACAUAUUUUUUCUGUAUGUGAUAUCUCAGGGGCUCCCUCAGCCGAACGUUGGGAGUGUAUACAGUUUACCUAACACUAAAAAACCAACCUCGAAUAAGCUACAAUCUAUUUAUUUAUUUAGUCUGCUUUAAUCUUACAUUUAGGCUCUCUAUACUUAAGGCAGUUUCUUCUAUCUUACAUUAAGGUCUCAUACCCUCAUCCCUCCCCUACUUAUAUCACAUGGUCAACACAUAUUCCUGUAUAGCACAGACGUGUGCUAUUACAGUUAACCUAGCAAGUGCAAUAUAAGAACCUCUACAAUCUGCGGUUAUUAAGCCAAUUUCAUUGAUUUUAGCACUUCUUUCUAUGUAUGUACUCAUUUUGUGUGUUACACUUGGGUGAUUGCCUUAUUUUCCAGUUGGCAAUUUUUAAUAUUAACUUAAAUUAUUUUUUGUUUUUUGAAUUGUAUGACCAGUCUUCCGUGUGGUACUCGCAUCUAGUUCCCAGUACCCAAUAACGGGUAUACUACUCCCUCUCUUCUUUUUAGUUUGUAAAUGUAUUCCAUGUCACAUGUAGCAACCAAUUGUGGAUAUUAUGCCAUGAUCACAUCAACUCUAUGUGCAGACCAGAUCUGAACAAAUUAAAAUAAGUCUUUCUGUAUACCUUCUCGUGUAUAAGAACUCUCAGGUGUUUGAGGAAGGAUUGUUCAGAAUUGAGACUAUAAGGAAGGGUUGAGUCCAUAUUGCUGGAAGGACCUUGGUAUAAUGCGGAAGAUUUGCUAUGGUUGAAUAGAAACCUGGCACUGCAUCAUAUCUAAUGUUAAGAGGGUAUGUGGUAAGAAUCGGGUGAAUAAACAGUAUAAUUUGGCAGAAUGAUUGCUUUACUAAGAUUAUAUAGAUGCACAUUCACGCCAUUAAAAACCCCUUUCACAGAUUAUCUAAUAGUGUGUAUCAAGGGAUCUAAAGGUACAUUGAAUAGUAAGGGCAUUAACUGGCAGACCUGAUUUACUCAUGAAUUCUGGCGAAGGUCAAAUGCUGGGAUGUUAUCAAAGUAAACAUUUAUGAGGGAGAUCAAGGUACCUACUAUAUGACCUUUUCGAAGUGUGUAAUUUAGGUAAAGUGUUUCUGGUCUGGGAACUUGAACAUAUUUGUCAGUGGUAGCAUGAUCCAGAUUGACUCCAUCCUUCAGAGCAGGUGUAUGUCUGUCUGAAGCAUAAUAUAUUUGCUUUUUGUAAAGGUCUUACGCCGUCAUUUGAAAGGUAGUACAAAUUUGAUUACUACUGGAGAAAGACAUCAUGGCUAAUAGCUGUCAGUGGUCCUGAAACCAUUGUUUGAUGUUAAGCUAGUUACAGAGUGUUUGUUACUGGUCUUUGUUGGCCUGAGUAUUUUACUGUAUUUAUUGCCCCAUCUAUGAAACCCAUCCUUGGCGCUGGGUCAAAGCUCUGCCUCCUUCUCCGUCCUGUGAAGAGCGGAGUCUAAUGCAAAUGCUGUGCGUGCGCAUUAUACCUCCUCAUUGGAAAGCAUUGGGUCACAGCGUGAGGACGCUGGUAGACAGCCACAUAGGGCAGAUUUAGAGCUUCACUGUAAACAUUGCAGUUCUCUGGAAGUGCAAUGUUUAACAUUUCAGCACUAGGUGCAAAAGGGACACAGCACCCAGACCACUUCAUUUAGCUGAAGUGGUCUGGGUGCCUACAGUGUCCCUUUAAGAGCUGUGCAAAGCUGAUCAAGUAUACUCCACUGGUCUCAUUUUAGGCCAUUUGAAUAAUGAUUGGAUCAGACAGCAUUGCGGUUACAGGCCACCUUUGUUCAGUUAGCUAAUCAUGUAGGUACUGUUCAAACAGGUUGUUGUUGUGUUUUUUUUUUGUUUGUUUUUUUAUGCCUCUAUUCUUUAAUAUAGCCGUAAUCACCAGCUGCAAGGUGAACCCAAUGCUCCGGAUAUUGGUCCACCUGUGCUGCUUCUCUAAUAAGUUUGCAGCAGCCACACCUGGCACCAUCAUCCUGCACAAUGACAAUGAUUUUCUCAGUCCGCAUUUCAAACUUUGCAGCUACCUCCUCAGCAGUGUUGUUGCUAUCUGUCUGUCUUUGAGUGACAUGGUAGUAAGGCAGAAAUGCAUCCUCUUCAGACCGUCUAAUCAAUGAGAUUUGUUGACAAUUUUCGUGUUUAGAUGUUGCAUCUCUAUAGGAGUCCUUCAACGGAUUAAACUAGCCCCUCCUUACAUUUGAAAAUGGUAUAAAUAAUAAAUAGGAUGGCUAUUCCUUGGGACUUGGCAUAAUAGAAAGCAGGAACAUAACACCACCUCCCAAAUCCAGCAUCCAUAGGAGCAGGACGCCAGUGCCCGGGUUAUAGACACAAUCAAGUAACUGGUAACAUGACAAAGGGGGUGAGUCAACCCUGCUAAUCAAUCAGGCCAGCCUGCUGUGUGCAGACCCUGCAGGGAGCACUGUUUCCGUGUCCUGAACAUAGCGCAUCAUUAGGCAUGCUUGCGCUAACACUGCUUCCCUGGUAUCCACAAAAUCAGGAGUCUGGAGGGGGAGAGAGAAUUAACCCCAUCAUCAUGGCAUACAAUUUGUACCUACACUAGAUAUGUAGGUCUGAAAACUUUUGAAUGUCAAUUUACAGAUUCGAUUGAUCCUCUGAAGCAAACAUACAUACAUACAUCCAGCAGGACGUGCCCACUAUAGUGACUGAAAUUCUGUAUGACAGAACCUAUUUGAGUUGUUAAUGAGGAAACCCCCAUAAAACCUGUACAUCAGGGGUACUGUUGUACUUGUAAGACAUUGUUGCACACAAGUGAGUGUGUGUAGAACAGUAAAAUGUAUAGUGACAAUGUCAUCCUGGAAAGUGUUUUUGUUUUUUUGUUUUUGUGGCAAAAAAACUAAUUUUGUGGCUACUAAAAAAGCUUGGGCAUAUAUACCCCAUUUACAAUACCUUGGGUUGUCGAAUUUUAGAAAUGGGUAUUCCAUGAUGGGGACAAUGGUUAACUUAAGGAAAAACACUGAGCUAUCUAAAAUAUAUAGAAACAAGUGCUUAUCAGAUUAUAUGAGCAAUUGUUCCAGAGAUCCUACUCUAGCAUUAGCCCAAUAACACAAGUUUUGGUUUAAAUGGGGAAAACAUUUUUUUUUCUGGUUAAAUGUUGUUUAUUAUGUGAAAUUCCUUUAUCACCCUGUGAACCUUCACCCAUAUAUACUGCUAUUCAUGUUUUCCCAGUUUUCUCACCCCUAUUUCGUCAACAGAUUACAGUUUAUACUUCCCAAAUACAGUGGGAAACUAUUAUUUCUACAAUUUAUCAAAUUAUAAACACAUUUUUUUUUUUUUUAAAGACAUUAAAAUCUCUAUCAACAAUCCUGUAUUUUUUUUUUUUUAAUGUAAUUCGCUUAUUUGAAUGUGUCAUUAGGGCCUGUGAGAAAGGGGGUGUGCAUAUUUACCAUGAUGUGUUUAAACUCACUCGAGUGACAGAAGAACAAGGACAGGACCCGGCUUAAAAUGCCUGAACCAUGAAAAGUGAUUAUUGUAAACACUAGAUUUUUUUAGGAUUAAUUUUGUCAUAAUGGUGACCAAUUCAUUAUUUGAAUGGCAGUGCUUUUGUUGGGUUCUAUGUUUUGUUCUUACUGUAAAUUGGUAAGACAUUUUCUAACCAUAUCCAUUCUUAUUGUGUAGCAGACACCCCUCCACCAGCUUACAUGCCCCCUGAAGAUCAGAUGACCCAGGAUAACUCCCAGCCAAUGGACACUAAUAUGUUGGUGAAUGCCAUCCCUCAAGAAAUAAAUAGAGCAGGUAAGUUUUGUGGGUUUUUUUGUUUUUGGUUUUUUUUUCUUCCAAUAUCGUCCUUGCCAUUACUUUUUGGUCUGUUAUUUUGGAAAUGUGCAAUAUGGCUGAAAUGCUGAACACCUUCUCUUGCUACAAUCUGUUAGUGCUGUGACUGGUCCCCUAUGCCGCAACUGAGCACACUCCUCAGAACAGCUUCUUCCCACCACCAAACCACAGAUGUCAGCCCGUUCACAAAGAUUGUCCGUUUACACCUCUUCUCUCUCUCUCACCCCCCCCCAAUCACAUGAAGCAUAUUGAUAACCAAUAGGACACACAAUCCCAGCAUACCUUCCUUGCAUACACCGCAAAAAACUAUACCUUAGGCUAAAGGAUUAACAUGCCAUCAACAAUAAGUGACUCCACUCCCUGAGUCACAAAGGGGGAAAGUCCCAGCCCCCACCCACUAGAGCCCACUCAAACAGGGCCGACCUUAGGGGUGUGCGACCAGGGGGCGCCAUGUGGCCGACACAGCUUGCACAUGGCCGGGUGACAGGGGUUCAGGGGAGCUAAAACAGGUACCCGGGUGGAGGAUUUCAUUAUUCUCCACCCGGGUCAAUAAAAAUAUAAAUAAAAAAAAUAAAAUAAAAAAAUUGCAUUGUGGGGGUGGGGCUUAUGAUGCAGAGGCGGGGCUAAUACCUUCCCAAGGCCCCUGGUAACUGCUGCACAGGAAGAGGUAAGAAGGAAGGUGUCCCUGCUUCCCCAACAACCAAAUGCAUCCACUGGAAAGAGCUGUCUGUGUGACUGUUUGCCUACCUGUGUGACUGCCUGCCUGUCUGUCACUCCAAUUGUGUGUGUCGCUGUAGCUGUGCCUGUAUGUGUGACUAUCUUCCUUUAACGGAGUGUGUGUGUGCCUAUUAGCGUGCGUGAAUGUCUGCAUGCCUGUAACUGUGUGGCUGUCUGCUUGUGGCAGUAUACAGGAGCGCUGUGAAAACUUUUCGCACAGGGCUCCUAAGGCCGGCCCUGCCCCCGGUACCCAAGUUACAGCGCACCAGCAGUCCGUCACAAGUGUCCUUUAACAAAAUUCAGUAAAGACUCAUGACAUCGCUUACCAAUUUUUCUCCUAAACCCCUCUGAAAUGCAGGUUCAUGCCUUAAAUAACUAAAGGAAAUGGUUUGCAAUUUUUGCUUGAAGUUUUGUGCUUCAAUUUUCUGCUGACAAAUUUUGUUUGGAAGUGACUGAGUAUUAACUCUGUUAUGCAAGAUGGGCUUUUCUGCAGCCAAAUACAAGUUGUUUUGUAUCAGUCAAUUGCCAUUUUGGUUGAAAUUGUUUCCUUUUCCUUCCUUGGGGACUUUUUUAGUUGCUUUAAGCUCUCCACAACCAAGUGUUUUUGAGUGAAACCACAUCCGUUUUACAUUUGUUUGAUGCAAGCUAGAAUAUAAACCAAUCACAACAGCGCAAUUAUGUAUCGUACAUCUUCUUGUAUUUGAUUAAUUUUUAAAUAUAAAUGUUUGUUAGCUGAAUAUGUUAAGCAAAAUAUCUUUAAAAAAAAAAAAAAAAACUUGAACUGCUGUGGUUUACGUUCUUACUUGUGUCCGCCCUCCCCCACAGGUGAAAUUUCCUUCUCUGAUGCUCAACUGGCUUCUGCCAUUCACUCAUCAGCUGAGAGAGUCUGCUUUGAAUGACCUCUGUGGAAAGACUAUGCAUAGAAUUGACAUUGGCCAGCCUGGAAUUCUUGUUCCAGGCUGGCUAACUAUGUACUAAUGACGAUGCAGGAGAUGGAGUUAAAAUCUCUUAGUAUGUCCAGAGUUUCAUAUUGAAAAGCUGCUCCUACAGACUUAAAUUAAUGAAUAAACUUUUUAAAAAUCCAGGGUCUGAAAUUUUCAUGAAGCAAAAAAAAAGUAAAAAUAUAAUUUUUUUUUAUUUUUUUUUAUAUACCUUACAGUAGAGGUGUAAUUUAUAUUCCCCUGUGCACGGUGUUCUGGGCAAGCUGCAAGGCUGCCUUGGAGGGAUUGGUGCUGGAGAAGUGAAGUCUGCUCCUCUGCUGUGUGCAGACCUCAUUAAUCACCUUCUCAUAGUCUGAUACACUCUGCUGAGUGAACGCCAAGAUUACCACAGCGUGCAUUCUGACCCACUGAAUGCCGGGACCGCGUCAGCAACAAGGAAGGGAUGGGUUUUAAUUGUGGGAUGUGCAUGAUGCAGACCGCUAAGCUCACACAUACAGCCCAUAAGUCUUGAGCACAGAAGAAAGUCAUGAGAUCAAAGUUCACACAAUUUCCACUCCUGGUAUACUGCCAGUACAUUACCAGGUUUUGCUUAGCUGCCCUCACACUGGAUACAGCAAGCACACACAGCACACGCUCUGACAAAGGGAGAGGCUAUGGGAGGGCAGAGGGUAAGAAGAUCAGGGUAAAUCACAAAACUGAGUAUUUACCCUAAAUCUAAAUUACAAAACGGAGGCAAAAAUAGUCACAUUGUGUGACCAGAUCUUUUAUUUUUUUACCUCCAUUCUUCCAAUAAGAGUUAAUUUGUGAAAGUUCAGUUUAGCCAAAGCCUUAUGUCCAGGGCUCUCGGCACGGGGCCCAAUAUUUGUAAAUAUUUUGUCAGGACAAGCAGGUUGUCACAAUGGACAAAUCUACUGCUUUUGUAAAUUUACAUUUUCCACACCCCUGAUGUGACAAAAUAGAUGCAUAAUAAACAUGGUAAAAUACCUUGCUUACAGGUAUUUCCAAAGACCCUAAAGGCAUUACUGGCAGUACAGCUUACUAAAAUAGCAACUGAAUGUAUAAAUGGCUAUUUUAGAGCGUAAUACCCACAUAUAGCAAAUAAAUAUAAAUCCUAUAUUUUGCAAUCUUAAAUGCUAAUGUAAUGCUGAAGUGUGAAAUGGUAGUCCAUUCACUCAUCCCUCCUUCCAGACAGAAAUGAAAUGACCCAUUGAAACAUCCUGUGCUGUUUGAAAGCAGGGAUGAGCAGACUUUGAAAAUUUACAGGCAUUAUAUCAGGCACUAGUAAAUUCUGACAGAAAUAUGUUCAACAGGCUAGUAACUAUAAAUGAGGGUGAGUGAUGCUUAAUGGACUAGAUUUUGUACUGCAAAAAUGCAUUUAAAAUAAAAAUUGAUACUCCAUUUGGGUUAAACUAUAUGCAAACCUCUUCAAAAAGUCAGGUUUUGAUUUUCUGUUUUCAGAACCUAUCUGUCUGCUCUUCCCGUGGGAACACUUUCUAUUAGUAUAAAAGUAUUUUCCUACUUCCUUUUCUUAGUGGCUGCAAGAAAUUGUACACAGCAUUUCUUAACUGAUCAUGUGUUUAGUAUCAUGUGGCAAUUGCACAGUAGAGUACUGUAGUCACACCAAGUUUAACUGCCAAAUAGUCUGUCAUGAAAUGUUGGCUCCCCCCCUCCUUCAUUAUGUUUUGCAACCAAAAUGGUAAAUAAUGUUUUCUAUUCUUUUGUUUUUGUUUUGCGGGUGUAUCUGUCUGUUCACCAGGGGGUAAAUUCCUUCUCGCCAAGGACAGAUUUUCAUUUGUUGGUAGGGGGGGAGGGGGGGAACCUGACUCGGGGAAAAAAUGUGUUUAGUUACUAUAUUUGAUCGGAAGUGCCUGCCACAACGCCAACGUGCCCAGUUUUUGGCAAGUUUUUUAAAAAUAAAUAUAUAUAUAUCUAAUGCAAAUUUAUAAAUAAAAAAAAUAACUUUUUGAUAUACCCCCAGUGCCAAUAUGCAUAUCAGUAUAUCUAAAAAGAACUUACAAAAGCUAGAGUUCUUAUGCUUGCAGUCUUUGCAAGCCCCUCCCUCUUUUCCCUCUUUGAGAAGCCGCUGAUUUUCAGGCAUGUGCGUGCACAAUGUCUAUGCUGGGAAUAGACCGGAGGAGGAAGCAGUGUUUGCCACUUCCAUCAGCUUGGUGGUGUUUAUAGAAGAUGGGAGAAAACCUUUUGAUUUACAGAAGUGCAGAUUUUGUCAUAGAAAACAGAGAAAUGUGCACUUUUAUAAGACAAAAUAACUUUAAAAACAGUGGCAAGCUUUUAAUGUUUUGGAGAUUGAUUUGUUAGUACGGUCUCAGAGUAUUCACAUAAGAAUAUUUUGUCUUUGAUAUGCAAAAAUGUAAUUUCAUUUCUGACAAGCAUGUUAUCUCUAGUGUGUAGAAUGGGCAGAUAGCAAUUGCUUUGAUACAUAAAGAUAGUCCAAAGAAAAUCUGUUAUCUGUCCUUUGCACCUUGCAGUCCACAUAAGGAAAGCGUACAGAGAAAAGAAGAAAUUAAACAUUGAUGAUUAAAUGGUGUUUCUGUUACUAUAUAAGAAAUUUUAGUAGUACUUAAAAAAAAAAAAUUAUUUAUAUAUUAUUUUUUUUUUUUGAGUGUGUGUUUUUUUAUAGAGAUGGAACUUUAUGUACUUUAACAUCUGAACCAUGUACUUUGACAUCCCGGUCCUUCCACUAUUUAAAAUCUUAGAUAACAGAAAUGUCAGGCUACAUCGGGUAGGGGCAUUACUGAUUGGUUAGGCAGUCAGCUGACUGCUGUUUGUGUGCGAUUGUAUGACUCUUUGAGGUAUAUGUGUUAUGAAAACGAAUGUUUGAUCCGUUGCAGAAAGUCAUACAUUCAAAAAUUAUAGUAAGAGCAUAACCGUAUUAACAUUCACCCCCAAUCACACUUGCCCAACCCACAUGCAUCGCAUUCAGCAACCACCACACAAUCACAUUUAGCCAAUCCAUACACACAAUCGCUCUCAUCCAUCAACACUUGCAGCACAUUCAGACAUCUCUAUAUCCAUCUAUCUAUCUACACACACACACCCUACUCACCUCACAUUCAGCUAAGCCCACCCAUUCCGCCAGACGUACACAUACCACACUCAAACACAGAGGUCUGUGACACAUUCAUGCAUGCACAUUGUACAUUACGGAGUCUUGGUAUGGAGCUCUGUGAUUUACUUCAACACUGUACAUUACUGUAUCGCUGAAGAACUCUGUGAUAGUCCUACACACCACAUAUUACUGUGAGGUUUUUUUUUUUUUUUUUUUUUUUAAUAGCUGUAGAUUGAUGUGAUCUAUUCAUACACACCACAUACUGCUGUGUUUUAUUAAAAUGUUUGCUUUUUAUACAUAGAUACACAUUCAUGCACACACAGGAAACUUGUAUAUCUUGCACUCUCCUUUUUGUUUGUGUAUUAAUCAUUCUUCUAGAGGCCAUAGUCUUUCCAGGAGAUUACAGUUCUAGGAUCAGCACAGAACUCUCAGAAAUCUCAAUGUCCCACCUGCAAUCUGCUGAAGCCACACUUCCAUCUUGAGGAUUAUAUCCCAGAGUGCUCCUAUUACAACUAGGACUACGUCUGCCUUCACGUUGUACAUCCUUUCUAGCUCAAGUUUCAGUCCUUGGCUUUCAACCACCUUCUCAUGUUCCUUGUUCCUGUUAUGGCAACUAGGUACUACCACAGAUGAUGUUGGGUUGGUUGGCCAGUACUUGCUUGUCCUCUGGAUCUGGAAGUCCCACAGAAUCUUAGCCAUGCUAUUUUUAACUACCUUUAUCUGCUGGUAGCACAUCUCAUGCAUCCUCCCCAUGUCCUGCAUUUAUUUAUUUUUUCGUUGUCUAAGGCCUUUCAGUUCAUCUUUGGGUGCCAUUUUUCUGAUGCACUUGUGGAUUAUCUGUAGUUCAUCCAGGACACUCAUCUUGCAGUAGAUGAUAAAAUAGAGCCAUCACUGUUGAAGGCAAUGAAACACCACCACAAAAAGAUGAAUAAGUACAUGGAGAGAGUCAAUAUGAAUAAGGGAAGCUGGCAUGGAUGAGAAAUGGAAGGUGUAUGGGGAAAAGAAGUUGUUUUUUGCAAUUUUGAUCUUACAUUUGUUUAGUAGAUGGCUCAUUAAUCCGGUGUCCCUGUAUGGUAAUACUAAAUAAGGAAACUAAAUUAGGGAGGGCACCUAUUAAAACGGUGAUAAGAAAAUUAAGAAAAACAUCCAUGUUCCUUUUUUCCUUUUUAUUUAUUUAUUUUUCUCUUUGCUUUAUAGAUUUAUUUGGAACUCUAUCCAUGCAGACAUGGUAUCUGUCCCUCAUGUGGAAAAAUGUUGCUGACCCUACUUUAACCCCUUAAGGACACAUGACAUGUCAUGAUUCCCUCUUAUUCCAGAAGUUUGGUCCUUAAGGGGUUAAAGGGUUUUCUUUUGUUGCCACAACACAGCUUUCGCUGUACUGUUUGACCAAUCACAAUUUAUACAGUCCUAUAAUUGUGCUAAUGCAUUGCUUACAUUUGGAGAAAUGUCCCUGUGCAUCAGAAUUAUCCUAAAUAUCGUUCCAAGGUUUCAACAGCCUAUUCUGUAGGAGAUUUGUUAGUCCUGAGAGAUUUAAUUUAACAAGCUGCAUCCUGUCGGUAAAGUUGGGUGAUUUCCAUUGUUAGCCUUUGCUGGGAACAUAGAUAAAUAGCACCUGCUCUGCAUGACUUAUAGCAAACGUAAGGAAGUUGUGUGAAAAAAAUCUGUGAGAGAAGGAUGAUUCACUCCAUAAGAAUUGCCAGCUGGCAGGGUUUCUUUCGAAGUUUGAGAGACUUAGCCUUGAUAGUUAGUGGUAUCUUGAUGUAUGAAAGUUAAGUAACCCUUUCUUAUUGAAGAAAGCAAAUUUUAAUUCUGCUGGGCAAGGAGUUCUCCAGAACUAGAAAUGAAUAAUUUGUCUGCCUUUGAAGCGGCUGUAAUGUUCCCAGCUGCCUGUGAUGAUCUUUUAUGUUGCCCAUUCUCCAUAAUUUAAGAGAUGUUCUGGAGAAUUCAGAUUUGCUGAUUUUCUUAGAGGGAACCUAUAUUUCCAAAAAUAACCAUUAUUUUUAGACUAUAGGCUCCUUUUUAUAGCGAAGGGAUCAUUGUCCACCCUUAUUGCUCACAGAAUUAAAGAUGACCCACCUACUGUCCUGUGCUGCAACUUCUCCACUCCAGCUUGGCCUCCAUUGAUGUCUGCAUUCAAGCUGACAUCACUUGUAAUUGAUUAGAACUAGCCAUGUGCAGCAAAAUACCACCCUCAUUCAUGCAGAUUCUGCUAUCGGUGGCAUUUGAUUCCUCCUCCAGAACAAACUGAAAAUAUGCCCUGGAAAUACCUUUUAGUUGCUGUCAGGAAGGUAGCCACUAGACGUGUUUUUAACCUUGCUGUUUUAACAUUGCAGUUUAUACAAAACUUCAAGGUUUUGCAUUUGAGGGUUACAAUGACUGGACCACUGCGCUAAGACCACUUCAGUGAGAUUAAGUGGUUUGGGUGCUUUUACUGGCUCUUUAACAGACAUAGGCACCAGAACCACUACAGCUUAAUGUAGUGGUUCUGAUCCAUAGAGAAAGUCCCUGCAGCCUUAGUAGUGCAAUGUUUACACUGCUGCCUAAAGCCACUUCUAUUGUCUGACACACUAUACCAGGGCUUCCCAACCCAGUCUUCAAGUACCCCCUACCAGUCCAGGAUUUAGGAAUUACCCUGCUGUGUUUUAAAGUGGAUUUUUUUUGUUUUAUUUUUUUUCUACAAACACCUUAGACACAACUGGGUGAUACCUAAAUUCUGGACUGUUAGGAGGUGUAUGAGCACUGGGUUUUGAACCACUGCACUGGAGGGACUUCCUGGUUUUGGUCUUGCACAAAUUGCAAGACUGAUGUUCAGAAUCUACAAGUUUUACGUUUCCAUAUAGGGAAGCAUUAGCUUGGCUGAGAUUGUUAGUAGACAGUCUUUUUGAGGUAAAUAUGGUAAGUAAAAUCCCUCUUUAAAAUUCCAAGGUGGGCAGGUGGGAGGGGUGUGUAUUUAAAUAGGUACUAGAACACUAUAAAGCAUUGGGAAUAUAUGCACCACCACCACUACAGGGUGCUUGAUUGUUUAUGUUGCCAGCUUUUCCCUGGCCAUAUGUCUUUAGUAGGCAUCGAUCUAUCCAUUUUUGAACAUAAUACAGGAAAACCUUUUUGCUUCCCUUAUUACUAAUGAGGAUUUUACACUUCUAAAUUGGCAUAUCACUUUUUGUCCAUAUUUCAAUGAUAUCCUUUCACAGUGUGUUUGCUGAUGUCCCAGAAUACUGUUCCAGCUAUCUAUUUAUAUUUAAUAUUUUGUGGUGCAUAGUCUUCUAUCCAGUUUCUUAAUUCAGCAAUAUUGUACUUAUUUAUUUUCCCUUGUAUGUUUCUGACUUAUGUAGUCAACAAUCAAAUUAUACACCAUAUUGAGAUCAAAUGUCAUAGCUAUGGAAACCAAAAACACGUAUAUCUACAAUGCUGUAUUUUGUUGUACAAUGUAUUAACCAAAUCGUUAUUGUUACUUAUGUUUGAAUUUACAUUUAAAAAUCUAGAGUACGUAUUUUGUACACUAUGAUUGGGGAAAAUAACAUGCAGCCAUGUUUAAAAUAUUACGGUCAGGGAAUUAUGAAAUGCUUUUGCUUUUUUUUUUUUUUUUUUAUCCACUCCAACAACUUCUUCAGUGUGAUGUUGUUGUGUUUUUUUUUUGUUUUUGUUUUUUUUUUAUACAGCAUUCACUGUGAUGUUAUAUUUUUUUGAUACAGCAUUGAAUCUCUUUAUUGCCCGGCAGAAAAUCUCCUAAUAUAGGUACAGGUGUUUGGAAGUGUGGGUUGUUGCUUUCUUUUGAAAUGGACAGCAGAUGUGAUGACUCCUGUGGUUAAGAAUUCCACUGCUUAUGUGUUUGAAUUUUUGCUGCUGUAUCAGAAUGUGUGCACAGAUAGCAAGUGUGGUGAUUAAUUCUCAUGCCAUAUGAUUAAAAAAAAAAAAAAUCUAUCUUGCAGAUGUUCAAGCUGUUGCAUAUGAAGAGCCAAAACACUGGUGCUCUAUUGUCUAUUAUGAGCUCAACAACCGCGUAGGAGAAGCGUUCCAUGCCUCCUCCACAAGUGUGCUGGUGGAUGGCUUUACAGAUCCUUCAAAUAACCGGAACAGAUUUUGCCUUGGGCUGCUGUCCAACGUCAACCGCAACUCCACUAUUGAAAACACCCGGCGGCAUAUUGGGAAAGGUAAUCACUGCUCUAAGUGCUAACCAGAAAAUAAAUAAAUAAAUAUUAAAAAAUAUAUAUAUAUAUUAUUAUUAUUAUUAUUAUUAUUAUUAUUAUUAUUAUUAUUAUUAUUAUCUCUAUUCCCCCAACCCAAUGUCUCAUUUUUUGUUAUUGCCAAUGUGUUCCUAAAUACAUUGCAUUUUUUUCCCCCUUUUGCCCUACUGGCUGGCUAUCCUUGUGAACACAUGGCCAGCACGGCAGUAAGGCAAAUAAGGUUUUCACUAGCUGUACUCAAAGAGUGUGCUCUAUAACUGCAUGGGCCAGGUAUCACAAGAUCUACCUCUAAUAGUGUAUCAGGGAAGCGUUUGGUCUUACAUUUGAAAUUGGUGCAGCUUGCUUACAGUGCUCCAUUGUGAUACAAUGCUAAUAAAGCUUACCCUAGUCAAUACUGCCUAAAACUAAAGUCAGACUAUAUGCACAUUGUAAUGAUUUAUAGUCUGUCUUACUGACCCUUAAUAGUGAGUUGCUGUUAAGUGGAAUUUAUAAGUAGCUUUUUUUUGGUUGUCUGUGUUUUUUCAGAUCAAUUCCCUGGUUUAUGUCUGUAAAAAAAAAAAAAAAAAUUAAUGCCUUCAUGUGAUUCAUCCUAAUUCGAGUAGUGAUAAAAUGUACAUUUUUAUUUAUGUUUGUUCAAAUUCUUGUCAACUAAAGCAAAGCACUUCUACCCCAAGGUGUCCACUUAUACUAUGUUGGAGGUGAAGUGUAUGCUGAGUGUCUAAGCGAUAGCAGCAUUUUUGUUCAAAGCCGGAAUUGUAACUAUCACCAUGGAUUCCACCCAACAACUGUCUGUAAAAUACCUAGUGGUUGCAGCUUGAAGAUUUUCAACAACCAGGAGUUUGCUCAGCUGUUAGCCCAGUCUGUAAACCAUGGUUUUGAGACAGUCUAUGAACUGACAAAGAUGUGCACUAUUCGGAUGAGCUUCGUUAAGGUAAGGAAUAUGGCUUCAUGGCUGAAGCAGCAUGUGCUAUAAUAAAACAGUCCGCUGCUACCCAGCAGCAAAUUUCACUGAUUUGUAAAGAAUUGAAAUCCAAAUGGCAAACCUUUGGUCAAAAUGGUGAAGCUACUCAAGUACGCAAAUGUCCAGCACUCGUAUAAUAGCAGCAAUGUUUACAAAGAAAUUGUAUUUAUCAAGCUAAUUAUAAAAGUGUAAACCAUAUGUGUAUAUAUACACUAUAUUAUUUGGGUAGAUGGCAAAUGCCCUUUUUAUGUAUUCCUUUAAUUGUUGCACGGUCAUCUAAAUAAUUUUUUUGUUUACUAAUUAUGUAGACGAUAAUUAUAGGGCCUAAAACUCCCUACGAGAUCUUAUGUUCAUUUAAUUGAUUGCUUGGCCAAUUAAUAGGGCGUGUCUGUGUGUGUCUGUAUAAUAUAUACAUUAUAUGUAUGUUUGUAUAUAUUUUUAUUUCAGUUUUAGAAUUAUUUGAAAGACAGUUUCUGCUUAAAUAUUGAUGCUAUUUUUGAGUGUCCGUAGAGGAAUCGUAUUUUACAACAAAGAUUUAAAAUUUUUAAAAAUGUAAGUGUCAGGUGGCGGAGCCACAUCCUCUGCACCCGUGUUAUGUUAUACUGUGUUAUGUAUAUUAGAUGGGUGUUUUUCCUUACACGGCUGUUCAAAAUAGCCAUUCUGUGACUAGAACCAAGUUAAAGAUUUCUAUUCUGUUUUGGCCUAAAUUUCACAAUUUUUUUUUUUUUUUUUGCAUUUAUUCAGUGUUUAAUGAUUAAACUCAAUUUUAUUUUUAUGCAAGAGUUAUAGCUGUUGAUGUUUUUGUUUUUUGCCUUUCACAUCAAACCUAACAAAUGCUCACAAUGAGUUAAACAUGAUCAAGGUGUAACUUUUUCUUUUUUUGUUCUCUUUCCUCCCCUCCCUCUUUUCUCAGGGUUGGGGUGCAGAGUACCAUCGCCAGGAUGUUACAAGUACUCCUUGCUGGAUUGAAAUUCACCUUCAUGGCCCACUCCAGUGGUUGGAUAAAGUACUCACUCAGAUGGGCUCACCCCACAACCCUAUCUCCUCGGUUUCCUAA